UGCCAGUACAAAUGUCACUGUAAGAACAAUGUAGCUUGUAAUUUUACCAAUGGUGACUGUCCCAAUGGAUGUGAUAGUGGAUGGUUUGGUCCAGCUUGUCAGUUUGGUAGGCCACUGAACUUUAUGUACAAGGCCUUAUUUAAUUAAAUCGUCUUAUAAGCGUUUUGUGUUGUUGUUUUUUUCCAGCUACGUUAAAAACCCAAAUGUGCCAAAUGUUUCUGGUACUUUUCAAAUAGCUCCAGAAUAAAAUCCGCUAAAAUUUAAAUAACUAAAUUAUAAUCAAUUACUAUUGCUUUCAAACCUUGCUCCUUAUAUCUUAACAAAGAAAAAGUAUUUUGUAUUAGGACAUGGAACGAUUAUAAGAAAAUUACCAAACAAUUGACAAUUUUUUUUUCCAGCUGAUAUUGCAAAAAAGGCAUCACUAAAUUUCGUUGGAGAAAGUGCACGAGAUAUCACAGUGAUUACAGAUGGGAAUGAUACAUCCUGUGCAGCUCAAACAGGCUCAAAUUCAUUACUGGAUGUCACCUGGACAUUUGACUUUUAUUUCAUAUGGUUGAGGGCUGUUUUCAAGAAGUCUGGUAAUUACAGAAUCUUUUCGAAUCUUUUAAAAUGUAUUAACAUUAUCUACUUGAUUUCUAAAUAACAUAUGAAGAUAUUUAACAAGGAAAUGGAGUUAUGUGGAAGUUUAAACAAAAUUGAAUGUGUGUUGUUACAAUACUUUAGACAUUCUAACCUAUAUUGUAAUGCCAUCAGUCACUUAUAUUGAAUACUUCAUUUCGAAUGUGUUUUUUUAGAAAUUAAAAAAGAAGACAUUUCCAUAAAGUUUCCGGACUACCCAAAAACACAACCGCUGGAAUGUUCAAAUGUCUUUGUGGACAACACUACAAUCGACAUUUAUUGUAACAUGUCUAAACCUGUCCACGAAAUAGUUCUGAAUGGGUCGGCAUUGGACACAAUCUGUUCACUUUAUAUCAGCCAGGGUAAUAUGUCAAGAUAAUUUAUACUUUAUAAAUGAAAUGGACUUCCUGAUUUAAUUCUUGCUUCGAUACUAUAUAUUCUGAUUAAUUCUACUUUAACAAAAUUAUAUUAUAUCUGGAAGCAGUGAACAAGUUUGCUAGAUUUAUUUAUUUACUAUUAAACUUUAAAAAAGGAGUUAGGAGUAUUUAAUUCAAAAAUUUCAUUGUUAAUUGUUUAUAAUAUCAAAAGAUAACUUAUUUGAUUUUGAUUUUUUAAAGUAACUGUCUUUAUAUUGUAUUUUAUUUUAACUUGGAGGCACUAUCAUGGUGAUUGUAAAAAUCCAAUUUACCAUCAUCGCAUUCAUGUAAUAAAACAGAGCGUGGAGCUUACUGCUGGCAGUGCUAAGGCAACCCAAACCCCUUCCCAUUAAUUGCAUAAAAUGAUCUCAAAUAGUCAUUGCAUUAUAAUAGCGAGGUCUUGCAAAUAAUAAUUAUUUUCUUUGACGAAAACACGAGGUCAAUAAACACGUUACGCACUCUCUUAAAAUCGCCAGGUCGAAAUGUUGCGCUGAAGCAGAAAACUGAUCAAACAUCGACAGAGAAUCAAAAUUUUACAUCAAGUAACGCUGUUGAUGGUUACACAAACUGGGACGACUACUCUUGUACACAAACAAAGCUUAGCGGUGAACUUGAUCCGACGUGGACUUUGCACCUUCAAAAUCCAGUUACAGUGCAAACUUAUACAAUUUACAACAGAAAUGGAAGUUUGUAGAUAAUUGAUUUUUAUAUCAUUUAUGUCAUGUUAUAUAAAAACCAUUCUACAUAUUUAAUUAUUGCACUGAAAUAAAUAUUACAAAUUUAGAAUUUAAAAUUAUUUUUGUUGGUGAAAUCAAUGAUAUUUUACACAAGAUAGAAGUUUUGAAAAUUUCUUGUUAUUUUAGUCUGUUUCGGGAGAUAUUAUAUCAACUCAAAAUUGAUAUGAUCGUGUUUAAUAUAUGCAUGCACAAAGUAAUAGGAUUAUAAUCAUGUUAUAAUCAUGUUAGAAAAUGUUUAGCAUUUGAUAUAAGAACCUGCUUUUAGGAAUAUCAUAAUUAUUUGGUAAUACUGUUGUUUUCUUAAUAUCUCCAGCUGUAGCUGAUAGAAAUUGUUGUCUUAACCAAUUAAAAGAAUUUUUGCUGAAAACGUUCGAUAAAUCAAAUAACAGGCUUCAAGAAUACAAAGACAAUAAUACAACACCACUUACUGUGUAUUAUGUUCUGCCAACAAAUACUUGGGCUCAAGUCUUUAGGGCUCAAAUUACUGCAACUUUCCUUGGUGCAACUCCAUUUAACACGAAAGUCCUCACAUUAUGUGAAGUGGAGGUCUUUGGUGGUAAGAUAAUGGAUGUUAUGCAUAUGCGUGUGUGUGUGUGUGAAAUAAACUGAGUGCAGCUAUGCAGCCGUGAGAAAGCUGCUCAAAGGCAACCGUUUCGUCCCAGCUUUUCGUCCCGACUGAAAGAAUCCCUGUGAGGUGGGGGCGGUAACACCACACCAUUUCCCCCGGAGUGGAUGCUAACCCGCCCAAACACUCGGGAUAGUCGGCUACGAAGGCAAAUGUGGUGGUGUGCCGGGUGGGGGAGGCAAUAAUAUCUCGGGAUCCACAGCUUACCGACGCCAUUUCCCAAAGUGACGUAUUUUGAGUGCAGAUAAAAGUAUUGUAAAAGAAUCUUACCCUCUACAUCAUUUUCAUUGAUCUGAUGAACAACUUUAAUUUUUAUUUAACUAGAAACUUAAUAUCUGUAAUUUGGCAUGUCAUUCUGAUUUCUUGAAAAUAUACGUUUGAAACAUAUUAUAAUCUAAGUACCGAAGUUGUUCUAAUUUAAUAGCAGAGGAAAUAGUUGUCUUUCCAUCCUUAGGUGCUACUGCCCAUGAAUGUCUUGGACCUGCCUCAACAUUUUCUUCCCUUCAGAGCUUGCUGAUGCUUUUCUGUCCAUGCUUGGAUUUCCAGCUGUUUACAUCUUUUUUCACAGCAUCCAUUUAACUAAGCCUAGGUCUGCUUUUCCGUUGUUUUCCUCUAGGAUUUUAGUGGUUCGCCCUAUUUACACCUCGGUCAUUUGGCAUUCUUUCUAAGUGACCUGCCCAGCGGAGCUAUAAGAGCAUAUAUACAUUCACCCGAGGAACAAUAACAGGGUAUUUUCUUAGGGAAAACCAAGACCCACAAUCAAUGGGAACUCUUUACAAUCAACCCCAUUCGUAUCUUGGAUGUGCUUAUCACAUAUCCCUCUUAAGGAAAAAUAUUUAAUUCAUAUAAAGCCUUUUAUUGAAUUAGAAGACGCAUCACUACAAGCAGGACUGGAAGUUAACAACACAAAAACAAAAUUCUUGUCAAUGUUGAGACAAGAACAGACAGACGAAGCCGCCACUAACUUAUAAACCACAUUUGUAGAUAAAUAAAUCAAUUUAAAUACAUAUGAGAUGCGGUAAAUGAAAGAAAUGAAUUACUUACAGAAAUAAAAGAAUAACAUACUUGACCGAAACACGGCAUACCUCAGUCAUCUAAAAAAAUUCAAAAGUAAAAAUAUUGCACGAAAAUAAAGAAAACUAUUUCGAAAAUUGUUAUUAAAAAUGUGUCUGUCUUCAAUUAUUUUUGAUGACGAAGGUUUUUUGAGGACACGUCCACUUUCUGUUAUUGUCCUUCUUAAAGUUUUGUUCCGUCAUAUGUAUAUUUCUCAUUUAUUCGACAUGAACGCAGAUGCGCGUAUUUUUUCUCAUAACUUAACUUAUAAAAUCUUUGUUAACAUUUUACAUUCUGACAACGUUUUAAUAAUGUUGUAUUUAAUUUGUUAUGGUUUGGUCAACUAUAUUGAACAAAGCUUUCUACUACGGGUAAAUAAAAGUUAAAACAUUAAUUUUACAAACCAUUAUAAUGUGCCAUAAUUUUUCUCUCAGACUCAUUUUGUGAUCAAAAUGAACAAAGAAGUUUCACAUAUGGACGUGAUUGUGAAAACGCCUGUAACUGUGCUUUAGAAGGUGAAAAGUGUUUUGUUAGUACAGGAAACUGUCCAUCUGGAUGUAAGACUGGACAUUAUGGACAAGGAUGCACAAAACGUAGGUCAUUUCUUAUUUGCGAUUUGAAGCCUAUUUGUCAUUCACAAUAUAUUCAUUAAAAAGUUUUAUUCAAACUCUAUCCAAAAAAUACAUUAUUUUUAAUCUUAAGUUUCCUCUAGAUUCGAAUGGAUUCUUUUGUUUAAUAGAGUACCUAAUUGAACAUCUGCACAGACUUAUUUUGCGCAACACAUUUUAUAGAAAUUUUAAUUUUUUUUUCUACUUUAAGCACGAUCAAACUCAUCGUCCAGAGCACUUUUCUAGUUUAAAACAUACUCUCUUAGAAUCUCCCACAUAAUUUUUUAUCAAUUAUGAGAUGUACACAAACUUAAAUUGUAUUUUAACUCUCUGGGAAACGUUAAUUCUUCUUAUAUUUUUUCAGAGUGUGGCUAUGGUUACUAUGGUGUCGACUGCAGAAAUAAAUGUAACGAUUGUUUAAAUUUGGAGUGUAAUAAAAUUGAUGGCAAAUGUACCAUUUGUGCUGAACGUGGCAAGAAGCUACCUCAUUGCACACAAGGUAUGUAUACAUCCUUGUGAUAAAGGCAUCAAAUAGCCAUUGCAUUAUAAUAACUAGGCAUUGCAAAUAAUAUUUAUUGCCCCAGUAUAAUAACAAAGAUUACUAUUUACAAUAAUCUUAUUACUGUUUACAAUAAUCUUAUAUUAUUAUCAUUAUUAUUAUUAAUGUGGUUUUAUAUAGCGCAGUACCCCAGUCAAGGCCUAGGCUCAUUUCACUUCACACAAAAAAUAUGCAGUUUUAUACAUUUAAAAACAACAAUUUGUAAAUAGCUUAAUGUGUAAUGGGAUGGAAUUCCAUUGUUUGGGGACACAGAAAGAUAAAGAUUGAUCACCAUAAUUAUGGUAUAGUGCAAGUUCUUGGAACAGAAGGAAUACGCUUGUCUGCGGAGGACCGAAACUUUCGAGGGGGUGAAUAGACAGAAAGAAGUUCAUUAAGAGGAAAAAAAUUAAUUUAAAUAUUUUUACAUUCUGAGAUUUUAUAACAGUUUAUUAUGAAGCCCUUUGCUGUUGAAAUAGGCUCAUCAUGGCACUUAUUGUUAUAUUGCUACGGAGCAUUUCUUACUUGUGAUAUGCAAAAUGACAUUGUAAAAGUUUUCUUUAAUUGGUCGAUGCAAUAAAAAUGUAUUAAAGAUAUUGAAAAUGAUAUUGAGAAGAAAAAAAAAGUAUAACUUCCAAACCGUAUAUUGCCUAAAAAUGGACGAGUCAAUGAAAUUAGUUGUAAAGAUGAUAAAAAUGGCUUUUUUUAACAAUGCGAAUUAGAAAAAAAAAGAAAAUUAAGAAUAAUUUUAAGAUCGUAAGACGUAGUAAGAUAUGGUAGUGUCAUUCCUUUAUUGUCAUUCCUUUAUUAUCAUUUAUUUUUAAUUUAUUUCUUGGUAGAUGUUUGUAAAAACUAUUAAGUGCCAUAAGGCCCACAACAUCGGAAAGGGGAUUUAGAUGAUAUCCCCCCCCCAUACCCCUUAAAUAACUUAAUUAAUUAUUAUUUUGACGAAAAAAUACUAAAUUUACAAAACUAAAAGCGAAACGAUCAUUAAUUAGAAAUUGAAAUGAUUUGUUCGAAUUAUUCAAAAAUAUUGCAAUACAAAGUCUAAAGAAUGCCAAAAAAACAUAUUUGAUAACGUAAUUAUGAGCAUUCCCUAGCUUUUAAUGAUAUAAAUAUUAUCCAACUAAAUAUCCCGGUUGUGACUGACAGAGAACCCGCCGCCCCCCCCCCCCCCCCCCCCCCCCCCAAAAAAAUCCCUUCCCACCUACCUCAAAAAAAACUUAUUGCGGAUUACCAUGGAUAAGCCACUGGUAAUCUCCUAGAUUUUUUUUUUUCAUUUCAGUUAUAUUUUGAAACCACACACACUUAUUGGAAUGAUUCAAAUGUAAUUAAUAUAUACAUUAGCGUCAACUCCUGGUGCGAUCUCUAUCAGCGGUCGACCCCAAAAUAAAAAAAAAAAUAAACAUUUUUGUUUAAUUUUAACCCCCCCCUUCCCCCCCCCCACCCCCCGCCCUCCCGAAAAAAAAAACCCAGAAAUGUUUUAGCUCCCUUUUUGGAAGCAAAUUAACGUUAUAUCCCUGAUCAUACAUGUUUGAUGAUUUUUUUAUUUUUUUUUUAAAGACAGUAUAUCUAUAGUUUCUGGUACUUGUAGUUCAAAAUGUUGAAUCUUUAGGCAACAUGAUAUUUGCAACGUUUAGGCCCAAAAUGUUUUGAUCUCUUAAAUUUGCAGAUUGUAAUUCCGGUUUUUAUGGUCCUGCCUGUCAAUUAAAUUGUUCCCAAUUUUGUUCACAAACUGGUCCUAUUUGUGACGUCAGAGAUGGGAACUGUUUGAAUUGUAAACGUGGAUUCUACGGCGCUAAUUGUACGAUAUCUUGUUCUACCUACUGUAGAGAUUCAGUCUGUGAUAUCAGCUCUGGCAACUGUAUAAGUUGUCCAGCUGGUUACAAAGGAUUACGCUGUGAUGAAGGUAAACUUUCUAAGGAAUUCUAUAUUCUUUGAUUUAGGAUUCUCCAUUGAUUCAUUAUAUGUUAAUUGAAAUUAUUAUUUUUUUUAUUAAAAGGUGAUUAGGGAUUGAGAAAUUUGGAAAAUGUCAACGUUUUGUAAAAAUUAUUUUUCCAAAACCAAAAUCCGUUCGAAAAAUUACAUUCCAAAAUCUUCCAUCGAACAAUUAACAUUCGAACAAAUUUAAUUCGUACAAAUUUCCGGAUCUAGGCUUUAUGGGCUGUAGAUUGCCUAAUAAUAUUUUCUCGAUAGCCAAAUGUCUGUUAUCUGCACAACAUAUUCUGCCGGUAAGUAAAAAAGUUGGGAUCGAUCGACCACCGCGCCUUGAUGUAAGUUAGACAUGAAUGACUUUAACUCUAGCUGCUCUGUUGUGUAGAUACUUAACAUUAUACCUUUGAAGGUUUUAACAAUUUGUAUUUUUAUAUUUCCUUAAUUACUCAAUUUUAAGGGAUCUUCGUUUUUCACCUUCUUCUAUAUUUUGAGGGCCCACGAUCAAUGUAUUGAUCAUUCUUGCUCCUGUCUUUCAGGGGGGUGGGGAUUUGUGAUGUAACUGUGCAUGCUUUUGAAAGGGUUACUUCACUGGUUACAAGGGCUACUCAGUAAUGGUAAUAUGAAUUGGGGGUUGGAAGACAGGAAGCACCUGUCACCUUACCUGUUGCCUUUUUAAGCUUGUUUCAGUCCUUUAUUGUUUUUGGCAGGAGCUCCUGUUCUGAGUUGGUAUUUUUAUUGACCGGAACUGCCUGUUAUGGUAUCGUCGCUGUUUAGAGGGGAUAAGGAUGAGUUUCUGUUUGAUGCUGUAGCAGUGGACCAGCCCAUUUUUUGUAUCUUGUACAUCAUGGAGAACCUGGAUAGUCGUCAUUGUUCCUCCAAUGGUGACGAGACCAGUGUUUCCAGCAUGCUGCUGAGACUUAAGGUGUUUCUGUAGCGGUUCAGGAUAAAGCAUGCUGCCUGCUGCUGGACCGCCUUCAACCUGUCGAUGCUCUUCUGAGUCAAUAUGUCCCAGACAAAAUAUGCGUGCUAUGAAAGCGGCCGGACAAAUGCUUAAUUUCUUUCACGUUGGAGUUGGCGAUCUUCAGAUUUCACCUUAGGAACCCUUGGUCUUGUUUUCCCGGUUCCUCACAUGGUUAAUGUUGUCGUCCCAACAGACUUUGAAUGGUAACACCGAGGUACCUUACGGAGAAAGCUGGCUCAAGAAUAUCGCCAUGUAAUUCGAUGCACCAGCUCAUCGCUAACUCAGCGAACUGAUUAAGCUCUGUUGCAGCUGGUCCUAGUCAGAACUUUUGGCGAUAGUCCUAUUCCCGUCGUGUUGUUUGCGAAUAGCAUUGCUUGGGAUGUCAGCUUCUUGGGCAGGUCAAUGAUAUAUGCUAGGAACAAAUUGAUGACAGGCACCAAGCCCAGGGGAACAUCUGACUUAACACCGAGGUUGUGCCGUCUACCACUAAUGCUUGGCAUCGGUCCCUGAUGAGCCUAGAGAUAAAUGUUUUGGAAUGCCUAGGAUCCCAUAUCUCUAUAGUUUGUGUAAUAGCCAACUAUGAUUGACUCAGUCAAAUACCUUUGAGCAUUUUGUUUUCUACAUUGAAAGCUGUUUCCAUAAUAAAUUAAACAUUCAACUAAACCAUUUUUAUGACAUGUCUAUGCAUUUUUUUUGGGGGGGGGGCGCUUCCUACGUGAGAACACGAGUCUUGUUUCAAAACCCUCACAAAUGCUUGUCUGCGUUCAGCGGUCCUGUUUUUUUUGGGGGGGGGGGGGGGUAAUAAGCAAAAUCGAUUGCUCGUUAUGCAUACUAAUAUUUUAAUAAAAUGUAUGUGUUUUUUAUUUUCCAUUUAAUUUUUUUUUCUCUUAAAAAGAUGAAUCGUUUAUUUAUUUCUCACAGCAAAUACUGAUGAUAAUAAAAAUCCAAUUAUAGGAGCGGUGGUUGCUUCCAUGUGUGGUAUUAUCGCUGUAGUGCUGAUCAUCGGUGGUGCCUUCUUUUUGUGGAGGUAAGGAUGUAUACAAUUUAUUUUAAGUGGAAAUUCUGUCGGACAAUAUUUGAAGAUGUCUCUCUGAGAAAUGGUGCACGUUGAAAUACAACAAAGUGCGCAAACAUUUAAAUUGAAACAAACAUCAAGCAUACUUACUAAUGGCAAUAUAAUCUUAAAUACUAAACCAGGGUAAGAAUAGAUACUUUUUUUAUUAUAUUAAUAUUUGUUUCAUAUUGAAUCAUAGAUUUAAGGAAUCAAUGAAUUAAAGAAUAAAUAUCUGAGAAAUAUGUUGACAAAGUGAAUGGCUGUACCUUUUAUUACGUUAUUGUAUUUUAAAAAAUUCCACUAAAAAUCAUUUAUGACACGCAUACAGAACAGCCACGCACCCCCCCCCCUCCACACACACGCAGAGUUGGAGCUAAAAUUAAUAAAUGAAGACAAAGUCAUUUGAUUUUUUUAAGGAUUUCAGUUAAAAUGACGUCAUUAAUGACGAUAUCAAGUGUGUUUAAGUGCCAGCAUCUUAUACUAUAUUAAUUAUACUAAUUAGCAGUGUAAAUAGCUUUCUGGGGAGGGUGUGGACUGGAUCAGAUGUUACCAUCAGAAUGUAGGCCCCAAAAUAAAUGUAAGGCCUUGUACGAAAUAGUGGCAUCAGGUACCAUGUGAGAGGACACAAACAUGUGCGAUACCUUCAUCAUUAUUAUACAUUACGGACAUUAUCAACAGCAAGACUGCAAAAUCUUACGAGUUCAGUUUGUCAAUGUUAUAAUAACUUCGAUUACUAUACAUUUGUUAUAAAUUAAAAUAAACUUUGAGAGUAAACUAAAAUCUAAUCUGUAAUGAAAGCAAUCAAACAUUGUUUAGUAGUUAAAAACAAUACCACCAUUCACAAAUGACAUUGUCGUGUACAUAUUGGUGAUACUCUAGAAUUUAGAGCCUAAUUGAGGGUCUAUCAAUCUUUCAUUUUAAAUGAUAUUUAAAGGCCUAUUUGGCUGAUUAAAAUAGUCAAAUGUUAAUCUUGCUAAUUUUGGAACAACCAACAGACUAAAUAAGAGAUCCGACUAUUUGCAAGGGGGACGGAACACUUUCAGCAUAGACCGUUUGACCGAAGGUGAUUCCUUGAGUUAUGUAGCAUCUACGUCUGAGCAAAAACAUAGAAAAACUACACUCACAGGUAAAUGAAAACUCCGUUUAAGUAAAUUGCUAUUCUAAUAAUUUGCAGCUUAACUGCUAUAGAAGUUUAGGAAAUUACACAUAUAUCUAUUUGACUUGAAUUCCAUCGGUAAGUUAAAAAAAUGUAUGAACUUGAUUGACAUAUUUCCUAUUAUUCCUAACUCAAAACUGAACUUAGCAUAUAUAUUAUGUAUACAUACGUAUAAGAAAAUGCAGAUUAGAUGUAUAUAAACUGAUUAACAUAAGUGCAGAACUAGGGUCCCUAUUUCUUCGCUGAAUUUUUCGUUUUUUAAAAAAAAUAAUUUCAUAGAGUAAUCCAAACCAUCAUAUAUCCGUUUUAUUACAUGAAUGCAAAUAAUGCGAAGUAAAAGCCUUACUUUAGAAUAAUUUAACCAGCUAAUUUCUAUAUUUUUUAAUAUCUAUGCUUUCUAAUAAUUGACCGAACAUUUAAGUCGUGUAUAGACAAUCAAUGCAGCCAUUGACUUGGAAAAGACCAAUGGCGUUUAGACUGUUAUAGAUAGCUUGUUUACAUAUUUCUCGUGCGUGCCCUCUGAUUGACCCCGCAUGAGACGCUGUGUUCACAAAGGGGCGUGGCUUAGGUCUUUGAUGUAUUCUUGUUUACGCCGCCAACGAAUAAAAAUAAUUAAUCUGUUCCAAAUAGUAUUUGGUAGAAUGAUUGGGAUUUUUCUCGAAAUGUCAUGUAGCUUGUAGAAGGCAGGGCUUAGGCGUCGGUAGACCCACCUAUAUAAGGGAUUGACAGGCACGACGAGGGAGGGAGAUUUUCUUAUAGAUUCUCUUAACAUUACGAGGCGUGUUUUAUUCUUUGUGUAUUUGUGUGCUCCUACUUAUAUGUGUUUAUUUCGCAUUAUUUAUUGGCAUCAUUAUUUCUAAUUGUAUUAACUGUGUACCGGUACGAGAUCUACCAUACUGUAAGUUGAAGAUUGUAAUUUUAUUUUUUUUUAUUUUGCAAUUAUCUUAAGACAUAAUAAAUCUUAAUUAAUUGUAACUAGAAACCGUUUUGGGUCGUAUCUUUAAUAUUGUUGAUUCUAGGGUUUCGUCCUUUGUUAGGCACUGUUUACAACGAGCCAAUUAAAAAUUAAAAUUAAAAUAGGAGAUUAACUUCUCCCAAUACAAGUCAGUGCGUAACAAGACCUUGCGACUAUACUUUACCUUGUAAUUGUAUCACUAUUUAAAAAAAAUGUAUUUUAAAUAAAUUUGACAUCGCCCAGUUGGUUUAUUUUAGAUCAAUUGCUUGACAUGAGAGAACUUACGGCAAAGAUCAUUUUCAAUAAAAGGAUUCUUUCCUUUCCAACAUUCUAUUAGUACCUACAAGUUAAAUUGACCAAGGAAUCAAUGAUGAGAAUGAUGUAAAUAUGAAUUGAAUUUAAAUCUUUCAGUGAGACCUACGAUUCCUCAAAAACAAACACUAUCAGACAUUCAAGAUGAAAUAACUUCUGGAGAAAAAGAAACUGUACAUCAUAACACAGUGACUGUACAGCCUGUAACAGCAUCAACAGUUAUCCCAGUGUCUAAUCUUCGCAGUUAUCUUCUUACUCAUGGCAAAGACCAUCUUCAUGAGCAGUUUCAGGUAAGAGGUUAAACGUGAUGCUGAAAUGAUUUGAAUUGAUUUAACGGUGCAGUUCUUGUUCAGUAUUUAUUUUUAAUUUUACAACUUGAAGUUUUUAAAAAAAUGUUCCUGCGGUAUUAGUGAGUUUUUGUUUCUUUGUAAUUUUUAGUGUGUCCUAAAGCAGUAAUUUCAGUCCAUUACAUUAUGUUACGGCUGUACUUUGACCUUUAGACAUUACAUUUUUUAUAAAAGUAGUAUACAUUAAAUACAUUUAUAUCUGACAUUACAUCAAUGCGUAGAAUACCAAGGAUAUCUUUAAAAUGAUGUUGGGCUAUGAUUUUCAAAAAAAAUAAAAAAGAAAUUAGCUGGCUCAAAAUGUUUGCCAAAUAAGCGCUAAGGAGCUCAUUUAAAUUUCGUUUUUAACUGACUGUUUUAGAAUUUACCAGUCAACACAGAGGCUACAAUGACAGUGAGUCUAAGUGCUGAGAAUAGAAACAAGAAUCGAUACAAGAAUAUUUGUGCAUGUAAGCCGCAAUAAAGAUUUAAUUCAUUUUUUACAUAUUUAAAUAUUUAUAUCGUAAAAGAAUCAGUCAUUAUUAUUUGAUAUAUUCUUUAUGUAUCCUUUAUAUAUCCUUUAUGUAUCCUUUAUAUAUCCUUUAAAAAUGUAGAUUUUAUUUUAUUGAAGAAAUGGCGUGGACUUUUAAAACAUUUAUUGCAAAUAAAAUAUGUAAAUAAUAUAUUGUUUGUUUCCUUGGAACUAUUGCUUUUAGCAUAGUUGAUUUUCAUAUACUAUAGUAUUAAUUUUAUGAUUAGAAUGAAAUAUGUAUAUCAUUAUAUGCAAACACUACUUGUUAUCACUAUUUAAAAAAAUUAUUAACUAUAAUAAGUUAAUAAAAACAAUGUAAAUAUUGAGCAUUUAUUAAAUAAAGUAAUGUAUCCUUUUCUUUUAAGCACAGAUGAUCACUCAAGGGUUCACCUCGAAGCUGACUCAAUGAAAUUGCACGGUGAUUACAUAAAUGCAUCGUACUUAAAAGUAAAUACUAUGAGUGACAUGAUAUUUGUGAAUAUGUAAGACAGAAUAUCUAGUAGUAAUGACCUAAUAGCAAGCUUUUUAAGAAAUAAAAUACGCCCACAUUGUAGGCCCGUUAUACCCCUAUGUUAUCAAUAAAUGCACAACGUGGGACAAUAAAUUCAAAGUUUUGUUCAAUUAGGACACUUCCCAAUUGGCCUUCCAAACUAAAAAAAUAUCAAAGCUAUAAUAAAUAAAUUUUGACGGUUUUGGUUUUUAAAUAUAAGAUUGUGCAUUAUAUUAGUACAAUAUUUAAUCUCUACCAUCAGUCUGAUUAUUUAUUAUUGUAUAUCCUUUCAUCUCUCACCAAAGCGUUUCGUUGUAUAGACUUUAAAUACAUCAUCAUAUUAGUUCAUAUUCUUCUUUCUUUCAAAGUUAAUUUAGACAUCUUUUAUUUCAUUAGUUCACAUGAGAAAAUAAAAUCGUAAUGAAAAGUUAAUAUAUUUUAUGUAUCUCUAAAUAUUUAAGAUGAUUCAGUCAAAAAAACUUUAAAUUUUAUAUAAACUCAUGGUUUAAUUAAUAUCGUCUGUGUUGUAUGGACAAAAGAAAAUGUCAUCUUCUUUUACAGGGAUACAACGAAGAGGAAAAGUUUAUAGCAUCUCAAGGUGGGGUAAAUAUUCAUGACGUCAAUUUUUAAAAAAAAUUAUACAAUAUUAAAGAUAUUUUCAGAUGAAAUACGUGUAUAAUGAAUUGUCAAAUCAUAGUGUUGUAUGUUGUAUAUUGUAUAUUCUAUAAAGGCCUACUUAAAAUAAGAAGUAAUGUUGACAUUAAUGUUUAAUUUAAACGUAAUUUUUGCUCUGAUCUUAUUAGGACCAAACACGAUUAUAUUAAACGACUUCAUUAGAAUGAUUUGGGAGCAAAAAGUUGAAAAAGUUGUCAUGUUGACCAAUCUUGUUGAAGAUGGAAAAGUAAGUUGUUGUUUUAUAUAUAUAUAUUUAUAUAUAGCAAGCUUUUUAAGAAAUAAAAUACGCCCACACUGUAGGCCUGUUAUACCCCCAUGUUAUCAAUAAAUGCACAGAAUAAAAAUUGAUAAUAAUGUUUGAAAAUUACUCAUGAAAGUAUAAAAAUGUCAAAAAAAUUAAAUAUUUAUUUAUUUGCUACGCUGCCUUUUUAGUUGGGCCUAUGUGUCUUAUUAUUCUAUUGAAUGGAAUGUAGCCACACAGAUAGAGAUAAUUGAAAUGAGAAAUAUAUUCUUUCAACAAUGAAUGCCAAUCACAAUACUUGAACGGCAUUGCCAAUAUUUAUUAUCACUCAAAUUAUCAGAAUAGCAUUUAAUGUUUAUGAACAAACAAACGCUAAUAUAGAAAAAAUGUAUGCAAAGCAGUUUUAACUAAAUGCGCUAUAAAUAGGGUCAUUAAUUUUGUUUGAAUUUGUCGACAACAACACAUUAUAUCCAUGACAAAACACAUCGAAGUCAGAGUCUUCGAACAGGUGAAACCUGUCAUCGCGUCAACCUGAGAUGGUGGUUUACGCAAGAAAGUGAAGAUAGCGACCCACGUGCCUCCAUACUUUCGACUAGGGGAGGUGGAGUCCCGAAAGCGAACUGAAAUGAAAGAAAUUAAGCUUUUGGAUUUUUUCUUUGAUUCACACUAGCAUGGAGCGCUGGGAUACACUGAAUACCUAUACAUCGUUCUCGCAUUUGACAUCCGCCUUCGUGCAAAGACCGAGGUACAAAGUUAUAUGAAGAUCAUGAAAUCAUUAUAUUUCAAUAAUCCAAGUGCUUAUUUUGAAAACAUUUAAUUUAACCAGUCCAAGUGUGAUCCAUACUGGCCAGAUGAGGGUGAGACGACAUUUGGACAAAUAUGUGUGAAACUUGCUGCUACACAAUACUUUGCUGAUUACAUUAUAAGGCGUCUUCAACUUUACAUGGUAGGUUAAUAUGUGACAGUUAAGUGUUCGUUUCAUAAUGAGAUAUACACAUUUUUCCUGAGUAAAUGUUGCAUUUUAUUGUAUAGUCGGUUAACAAUAUAUAUUUCAAAGGUAAAACAUAUUUAUAAUUCAUCCUCAUAAGAUUUGAACUAAGAAAAUAAAUAAUAUGAACUAGUUAUUCAAAACGAAAUAGAAGCUUUUAUGUAUUUUUAUAGACUUUUUUUUCAAAAUCUAUUAUCAUAUUUAGAAAAUAUUUGAAAUAUUUGAAUGCAUAGUCCAUAAGUUGAAAAUUUAUUAAACUUAGUUAACAAUUCUAUCCACAAAUCCAGGACUCCCAUCCAAUGCACCCAGUGACACAGUUUCACUUCACAUCCUGGCCAGACAAUGGUGUACCAGAAAACCCCUGGGCUCUAGUGGACUUUGAACAAAGAGUAGCGGCUAUUGCCACCAAAAGGCCCAUAGUGGUUCACUGCAGGUUGGUAAACAUAACUAUUACUCUCUUUCCCAUAACUUGAGGCAUUUCUGUAAAGAAUCGUGGAUUAGGCUGAGAUAUUGAGAGACAUUGAAGAUUUUAUUUGAGGAGGGGAGAAAAUUUUUCAUUGUAACAAAAAUUAAAGUAGACUAGAUUAAUAUAAGUCAAAAUCCUAAAAUUUGAAAUUAUGUAUCGUUAAAAAGUUGACAAAAGUAAAAAAAUGUUAUGAAAAUGUUCGCUUUCAAAGAUGGUUAAAAAGUAUAUUGUUUAUUUUUGAGACCAUCAUUUUGAAGAUGUGUAAACAAAUUAAAUUUUACCUGAAUUUGAGUUUUUUCCAAACAUCUUUACAUUAAUGUGUCUAAAUUCUAAAAGAAAAUUGCAUAUUAUAUAAAUUAAACUAUAUCUUUCCUUUUUUUCAGUGCUGGUGUUGGCCGUACAGGAACAUUCAUAGCUCUACGUAACGUAAUGAGAGAAGCUGAGGAUACACAACAGAUGGAUUUUUUCACUACUGUGGCCAAACUCAGGCAGGACAGGACGAUGAUGAUACAGACAGCUGUGAGAUAUUUUAACAUUAUUUUUUUCUUUAGCCUUAUUUUGUGAUUUGCUCUAUGCCUUUAUUAUUUCUCUCUGCAUUCCUUUAGAAUGAUUUAUGAAGCGAAGAGUAUUAUAAAUUGAAUGUAUUAAUCAUUUUUUUAUAAAUGCAAGAACGGCAUCUAACACACAACUUGAAAAAUAAUCUAUUCCGAUACAACAGUAUUCAAAAAACCUGAAAAGGACCGUUUUCAUACAUUUAUGAAAAAAUACUUAAGUCCAAGACUUGUGCCAUUAUUAAAUACUUCAUCAAAUUUAGAUCUAGCGAAACAGCCUCAUAAACUGUUGAUAUUUAUCAAACAGAUACUAUAUUUUUGACGAUAAUCAAAUUGAAUUGUUACUGGAUAUGAGUCUUUCACUUAAUCUGAGUAAACCUCUUAGCCUAAAGUUCUUCUUUUAUUGUCCUAUCGUUCUAUUUCAACUUCCACGUAACGUGUUCUAAACGCAGUCCUUCAUAUAUUAUCUUUAAAAAAAAAAAAAAAAAAAAAAAAAAAAAAAAAAAAUAGGCCUAACCAUUUUUCUUCCUUGAAAUGUUGAUGAUUAAUAUUUCAGGAACAAUAUGUGUUCUUGCAUGAGGCAGCCAAGGCUGCCACGACCUGUAUCAAUACAACUAUAACAUCCAAUAAUAUUGUAACCAGGAUUCACCAAUUGGAGAAAAAGACCUUCUCUGGUAAAACUAAAAUGGAAAUAGAGUUUGAUGUAAGUGUUAUAAAAAUAAAGGCAUGUACAAUAGAGGAUUUCAGUGACAAAGUCUAUUGUAGCUUAAUUUUGUCAGUUUUGACAUUUGAGAUAUGAACUUUUGAGUUUUUACUUUAAUAAGUUCAUUUAUUUAAAUGUUAAAGUUUCAAAAUUCUCUUACACCAGAUGCAGUUUACAUUUUUUUAAAAAUCGAUAUCCAAAAAUGUUGAAUUUGUUUACCAUUUCAGUUUAAUAUUUGAAAUUUAAAGAUGCUUUAGUCAAUAUAUUAUAGCUGCAAUCUUUGCGUUACAUAUAGGCUGUAUGCAGCGUUUGUGUGGAGGAAAGUCAAUUUACAGAUGAAGAAGAAUCAGCUGGACUUAUUUACCAAAACAGUCGAACUGUCUCCAAUAAACUUAAAAACAGAUUUGGAAACAUCUUGCCAAGUUAGUUUAUAAAUGUAUUCUUUAAAAAUAACAUCUUGUUAAUAAGUUGCCCCCGUAAACGUAUCCAAGUUACAUUAAAUAUUAUGCUUUAUACUUUUUACUAUAGUGACACUUUGAAUUGCUAUACACAAAACUUAAGUUAACAAAGUUUUUAGAAAUGUUUUCCUUUGUUUCAUAUUAUUGAAAUGGCAUAAAUGUAUUUAUGUACAAGUAAAAAUUUCAAGAGCCGUAGACUAUUUUGGACCCUUUGAAAUAAAAAGUUCACAUAUUUUCUCAUAAAACUUUAAACCAGCUUAUAUAAGCAUAUUGCGCUUGAGCAUAUGUUGGAUUGAACUGACUGCAUUCAAUUGUAUUAUCCAUUCAUUGAAGCUUAUGAACAGGCUUAGAGUAGGGCAUGAGAUACGUAGAAAGAUAAGGAUGAGUAGUUGCUACCAGAUUACUCAGUUUUACUUAAAUCACAUACUCCAAUAAGAAAAACAAUCUAAAAUACCCAAUUUCUAUUAUAUUUGGGAGUAUUUAAUGUUUAACUUAUGUAAAAUUGGAAAAAUUAAUAAAUUGUGCAUAUGGUUUAUUUAUUUACUUUCUUGCGCAAAUGUUAAUAAAGUUUCAUUAUGGUAAUUGCAUUUUUGUAUUUUCCAUUAGAGAAAAGUUACCGACCUGUACUUAUGUGUGAAUCCAGUGAAAUGGGAGAUUACAUCAAUGCAGUGUUAACACCGGUAAUUAAAGAUAGAUCUGUUCAAAGUUCAUAGACCUACAACGCCUUCUGUAAGACAUAAUGUAUUAAAAUGUAUAGAAAGAUUAAGUUCAAUUCUAAUAAGCGUCGUGUUAAAUUAUAAAUAUAUUUCAAUAUUUCAAUGUUUUACAGCUCAAGUAUAAAAUAAUUAUUAUAUUUUAUGUGUUGCAUAUUUCAGAAUUUCAGAAAAAGGAAUCAAGAUAUCAUCACACAACUUCCACUCCCAACAACAGUGGUGGACUUCUGGCGUCUCAUUACUCAAAUGAAAGUUUCCUUAGUUGUUGCAUUUGAUGAGGAGUUGCAGGCCAUAGAUUCCGUAAUUAGAAUUAAAAUGUUUAAAUUAAUUUUCAAUCCAUUGAUCUGUAAAUAUAUAUAUUCUUAGAUGAGUUGCCGACCAAGAUUAACGAGUCUCAUCCACCCGUGGUGAUGUUUUUGCUUGACCCGGAGUUGGAGUCCCGUAGGGCGCAUACAAUGACAAUUCCUGCAACCGUGCCCAUACCUGGUCGUCUUUACGUAGAGUCUUGCCACCGGAUAUGUUGGGCCCGGACGAGAGAGUGAGGUUGACGCCGCGCAACUCUUCCUCACUAUAAACAAAAGUCACUAGCGCAAGUCAUCAGUCACUGGACGACUCGAUGGUCAUCGUCGAUCCUCGACGGACGAGCAACAUAUAUAUAAUAUAUUUAUAUGAUUAGCUUUGUGUUAGUCAUGAGAUUUACUUUUAAAAAAUAAAUCAAUUUUCGUGCUCACUUCCACAAAGUUAUGCCAUAGAAUGUCUUUUUGAAGAAGUUUUUGGUCCCAAUAAUUUCAUGAACUAUUUAUGUUUCUACUAGAAUGCUAAUAAGAGAAGUCUGUACAGCUAAAAUUAUAGUGUUUUUUUUGUUGUUUUUUUUUUAAAUUUAUUAUUACGAAAAAAAAAUCCUUAUGUUUCAAGUCUCCCUGUCUCUCUCUAAUGAUUUUGUCUGUGUCUGCCCUAACAGUCGUGUUCUAAUCACCCACUGCAAACUCUAGCUAUGUCUCUAUCAGACUGCAUGUGUGAAUUGUCUCUAAUGGCGUCUGAGUUGUCAUCAAAUGUUUAGACAUCUCUAAAUCGAAAACCAAAUCAUAAUAUUAUAUUAAUUGAAGAAAUGCUUUAAGAAUUGUAUGAUAUGCCGAUCUUGUAACGUAUUCAAAUUCAAAACCUGAUCAAACUACUAACAUAUUCUAAACUAAAUAAUAGUACUAACAUAUCAAAAACUAGAUCAAACUACUAAGAUAUUUAAAAGUAUAUCGUUAAACUUAAUCUCCUGCUAUUCUUAUACUAAACGAGGUUUUUAGAGACUACAAAUUAGAUGUCUAAAUUAGAAUCUAAUUUAUCCACCAAUACCUGUAUUUUUAUUAUUUGAUCUCCUGUAUAAUGAGAAACUAUUAGAAAGUUUAUUCCCAUUAUUAUAUUCUAAUUAUGAAAUAGACAAUAGGCGAGUAUCUGCCAAUCAGUGACAAAGAAAAAGCCAGCUUUCCUCCAUUUCAAGUUUGCAUGGGAACAUUGCAUCAAGGCUCUGACUGGGAAGAGAGAAAGCUGAUUGUAAAUGGAUCAAUGGUAGAUAAUAACAUUUAAAAGAUAAUUUAAUAGUUUCUGCUGACAUAAUUAUAUGUUAAAAUAGUAUCCACAGUACGGAAUGAGACUAACACGCUAUACAUGACACAUAUAAACAAGGUUAAAAUGUUUCUUAACAGAAUUAUGACCAAAAAUAUCACCCCGAGAAAAAUCCUAAGUGUAAUAACAAAACAUAUUGUUUUAUUUUAAAAAACGAUUUUAUGCGCCUUUUGUUUUCAUUUCCUCCUUGUGCACGCCCCUGAUUAUUAUUUACAUUCCUGUGUCAUGUAUCUCUGUUCUCAACCAUAAUGCCUGCAGCAUCACAUGAAUUUUUAUUUUAGUUUUGUUUAAUUGAAACUUUUAUAAAGGGCGCAGAAGAGCACAGCCUCAUUCACCUCAGAUAUACACACAAUGCCACAGAUCCCAAGAAAUUGUUGUCAUUUCUCAAGCAUGCAAGGACAUCUAACUCUGAACAGGAGGCCAGAGUUUUAUACAUGUGCAGGUGCGUAGAGAAUAAAUCUGUUUUAAAAAGUAUUGAUACAGCUUCAUUUAUUAAAAUGAAUGCAACUAUUAUUAUAAUAUUAGAAAUAACCUUCGCUAUUCUCUUUCCAACAACAAGUGUAUCCAUAUAAAACGUCGAUUUGUAUUUUACAGAAACGGUGCAACCUACAGUGGUCUGGCCUGUGUCUUGACUCUCCUACUGGACAGAAUGGACAAUGACCACCGCCUGACUGUUCCACUUGUCGUUGGUGCCAUUAAGACUAUCCGUCCUCAAGUGAUCCCAACAGUGGUAAUUUUAAAUUUACAGAACGAUCUUAACAUAUCUAAUGAUUAUACCUAAGACUGUUUAAUUAUAUGAAUGUAUGAAAUAAUAGUUAAUAUAAACAGUAUGGAAUUUAAUCAGAAUUUCACAUCAAACAUGGCUUAACGGGCUUACAAACUAAACAUUUAUUGAUAGCGCAUGCAUUUUCUAAUCCAUUCUGAUUAGAUAAAUUAUGGAAAGUGUCCCUACUUGAAAUUAAAUUGAAAUAUGUCGUUUAAAUUUUUUAAUGAAGAUGUCAAUUUAUCAAAUUCUUUUAAGAUAAAAUAUUUUAAUAACACAAAUAGCGGUAAAUUUAAGAUUAUGUUUUUAACAAUAUUUAGAGAAACAAAGUUGGAAUUCAAGGCCACGACAAAUGGAAAAUCUAAAGUAUUUCUCUGCCGUAGAAAUUAAAUCAUCCCUUAAUUAACUUCUUUAGUUAACAAAAGUGAUAUAAUUAGUGAAAAUUUAGAUUGGGUAAUUAAAGCUCAUAUUUAGAGGGGAAAAUGUAGUUUAGGGGCGUGAAAGAGAGUAGGGUAGGCGUAUAAUAUGUAGCGGAUAAAUACUUCUCUAAACUUAAUGAUGUUAGAAACUUAAAUAUCUUUACUUAGAUACCACUUUCUAACGAUUGGAAUUGUGAUGAGGUUUUGCAAUAGCAGGAAGAAACCAUCGGAAUAAACCUACCAUUAUUAUGCCGAUAACAUCUGGCCAUUUAUUCAAGUUAUUCAUAACUUGUUAAUUCCAAUAUUUAAAAAUUAAAGAAAUUUUAAUAUAAUUUUUUUUUAAAUUACACCAAAUUUAGAUAUUAACCAAUGAAAGUAUUUUUGAGACUGGAGCCUUAUUUAAAUUUUAAUGUGCCAUAAAUGUUGUAGUCUUUAAGUAGAUAACUAGGAUCCACCAACGUGCUAGGAGGUUUAAGAUGAUCCUUUCAAGUUUCUCAAAAUUUCUAGAUGGUCUUAAAAUUUAUUGAAGCGUAUGCGUGAGUCCACAUAGCUCUAUAAAUGUUUUCGACUUUCUGGAAAUAAUCUAGGCAUCAAGUCAAGUUUAAAUUUCCGUGAAAUUUUGAUUUCAUUUGAUAAGUUUUAUUAGAUUAGGGCAACUUACCUACAGACAGAUGCAUGUAUAUUUAUCUGGAAUUUUCUUAAACAUAAUUAAGAGACGAUGCACCAACUCAUAUUUUUUUCCUAUUAAGUUCAACAUGAUUUAACGAAAAACAAUAAAUUAAAGUAAAUUUUUUUUUUUUUUUUUUUUUUUUUUUUUUUGUUUUUUUUUUUUUUUUUUUUUUUUUUUUUUUUGGUAUUAUUUUAACUUUCGGAGAAUAUCUUGAGUCUCAAGUAUUCAAAUCUAUGAAAUACUUGAAUUUUCUAGUUUUAGACACUAGUUUUAUAACUUUAAAUUGGACUAUGAAAUAAUGAAAUAGAUUUAUAGGUAAUUCAGAACAUUUUAAUUUGUUACUUAAGUUCUUAAUCAUCGUAGUAUUUUCUCACUGACAUUUAUUAUGGUUUUGUGAGCCUAAAACAUAUUUUUUUUAAAGUGCUAGAUUGUGUUAUGAUGGUACAGAAUAAUAUUACCUUUUUUUAUUGGCACUGAUUUUUUUCUAAUUUUUCGUAUAAGAAGAUUUAUUGUAUAGCCUUAGUUUCUUAAUGUUUUAAAAAUAUUUACAACAUUGUAAAAACAUUUUGUAAAAUAAUUACAAAUAGAUGAAGAGUAUACUCGUUCUUUCUGUUGUUUUUUAAAAUUAUGUUUCUUUUUUUUUCACUACUAGCAAAAAUGUUAAAACUUUUCAUUACAGCACAAUAAUUUUAAUGAUCUGUGCAAUUUCAGGAGCAAUACAAAGUUCUUUAUCAGGUUCUCCAAAGAUAUAACGAGACAAACAGCGUUUACUUCAACUUUAAUGAUCCCAAGCUCUCAGUUCCUUCAAAUGGUGACGACAAAGACGAUUUAGGAAAUGUUGGGAAUGAAGGCACAUUGUACGCCAAUGCAAAGCUUUAAGUGCUGGAAUUAGAUCUAUUUAUUUUUAAAUAGGUCAACACUACGAAAAUAAUUAAAUUUUUAUAAACAAUUAUAUCUCAUUAUAACUAUAUAUAUUAACAGCAUAGCGGGCUUAUAAUUUUUGUUUUAUUUCCAAAAACAAUAAUAAUCUCUACUUUCCAAGGGCUAUGUAAAUUAUACAUUUUUAUGUUUUGAAAUAGCAGCUUUUACCUUAUUUUUAAAAAAAAUGUUGCUUGACAACGCUGUGUAGGUUCACUGUUACACAAUCACACUUGGUCCACACUUAGGUGCAACAGCAACGCUCAAUAAAAAAUAAUUAAAACGUCUUUAUUUUCAAGAUCCUAUCACAGCAACUACCAGUUCACAAUACGUUCUCCAUAAAAAUCCUCACCAUACUGACAUUUUUACCAAGAGGACUCUUGUCUCAAUGACUAAAGUGAACUUGCAUCUUAUCAUACAGCAACAAUAACCCACUUGCUUAUCUAUCGAUAAUAACUCAACAAACUGCCCUUCCAUAUCGUGACUUAUCACAACUCACCCUAAAAAAAAAGACAUUCUCCAACUUAUGAUUAAAAAACGUUAUACACAAGCUAUCCCACUUACAAAUCCAGUUUAUAGCAUUUGUAAUAAUCUAAAUUGGUUAGAAAAAUAUUUUUUUUCGUUUACCUCUUAGUGGGAAUUUGUUAAAUUAAUUAAUAUGGUCAGUCCAAAGCACAGCAGAGCAUAUAUUUUUAAGAAGAAAUAUCUAUAUGGAAAUAUGUUUGGCACUUUUACAAAGUUAAUUUGGUUAUAAAUGUGUAAUAUUUGAUUUAUAACAGAAGAACACGUGUUUUAUAUUGCUUUUUUAUGAAGUCAUUCAACAUUUAUUAUCUCUCACUCAAUUCCAUUACGAUACAUAUUGCUUUUGUAAAAUAGCAUUAAAGCACAUUUAAUCAACAUUUAUGAGCUAAAACAUUCUAAUUAUUUUAUAGCAUUUUGUUCUUCUUUACAAUGUUUAACCUUAACUUUGUUUAUUUUGAUCAGACUUUCUGUAUUUCAGAGUUAACACUGUUUUUAAGCUUGGGAAUGUCGUUUAGAAAGGUUCGUUACCUAGAACAAACAUCUCUGAUGUAAGUUAAAUAUUAAAAGACUAAAUACAUUUCAACGUUACUUAAAUGUGAAUUUAAAAAUAGAACAAUUUAAAGCAUCUUAUCGGUAAUGGCUGUCUGGGGAAAUUAUAGAAAACUCAAUCAAAAACGUGUUUGAUAACAACUGGAAAAUAUAAAUUUCUUUGGCGAUGUUUAAAUAUUUCCAUAGUUUAUAUAAAUGUAAUGACACUGAACAUAAGAAGUAACAAAUACUACUGAACUAUAAUUUAUUUGAAAAAUUUGUAUAAUUUUUGUAAAGCUUAAAUAACAAUGCAAAUGUGUUUAAUAAAGAGUAAGUUGCACUGUAAAAUCGGUUUCGUGCCCUCUCAUUUUUCUUUCUCUCAGUUGCAAAAAAUAACUUCAUGAAUUAAUGUGACAUAAAUAUAUUUAAAAGUUGGUUUAUAUAUAAUGAUAUUUAUUCAUUUGAUUCUUGAAAAAAAAGACAUUAUACAACUUUAUUUUUCUCCUAAUUUUCUUUCUUUAUUUCAAAAUACUCAUUUGACUUCUGAUGGUAGUGUUAUUAAACAGUAUUAUUUCCAAAUAAAAGAAUAAUUUAUUGUAUAAUUAAUUUACUAAAUAAAACACGACAUUCCUUAUAACACAAACUCACUGCAUUUUCUGUGUUUAAUCGGUUGAGCCGUGGUACCAUCCUUCCUUAUUCAAGACUUCUUGCACAAAAUAACGUAUAUCAUAGCUUGUCUCCCCUGAAUACUCACUGUUAACAAAGUUUGCUCCAGACCAUUACAGAUGAGGCAGACAAUUCGGUGUUCAGUGUGGUAGUUUUCUUAUUAAGUUAAGCAAUUUACAGAAAUGUAACUUCAUCAGUCUAGCAAGGAGAGAGGCUAUUCUCUAAUUAUUUUAAAAUGUUUAUUCAGUGGAGACAUCGCAUCUGUCAAACUGCAGGAAACAUAAAACAUUUGACAUUGGAAAAGCAAAGUAUCCUCAUAAAAGAGGACCGAUUAUAUUCUUAAAAUUUACCCUCUUUGUAUAUAUAUAUUGACCAGCAGGCUAUAAUUUGUUUCUCAUAAAAUAAGACGCAAUUUCACCUCGAAUGUUACGGUCCAAAAUAAGUUUAACAAAUUUAAUCUGUAGCAUUUUUUAAAGUUUCCUUAUUAUAUGAAGAAUACGUAGCUAUGGGCUGAAAAUCGGUAUACAAAGAAAAACAGAUACCUAAGCUAUUGAUAUUUCUAAUAUUCAAUUUAAGUAUACUAUUAACUUUAUAUAAUAAUACCAAAACGAAAUAUGCAGAAAUAAAAACUAUUCAAAAUUAAAAAACAGCGAAUGAAAAAGUAUAAAUAUAAAAAUUUACAAAUUUUAAUCCAUACACACAAACAGUGAACAUCUAGUAAGUCUUGUAAGGACUCCUUUAAGUGUGAUGAUUCUCGUUUUUAAGUCUGCCUGUAACAGUCGACCGUCCUAGUAGUGGAGUAAAAAUAAAAAAUUUAAGAUUCAAUAGCCAGAGAGUAUGUUACCAUCUAUGUAUAGCAAUGUAGACCAUUCUGAUAAUGACGACAAACUUUUCAAAUUAAAAGCGAUGGAGUAAGGGACUAGAACAACCUAUUGGUGACGUAAAAAAAAUAAAAGGGGUGGGGGUAAGUUUGCUAACCACAACAUGUGGUCAACACAUGGGGUAUAACAACUUCCGUCUUAAAAUAAUAAGAAUUUACAUUUUUUUUAAACGGAAUUCUUUUUAGUUAAAUAUUAAUAAUGAAAAUAAAACAAAAAAAUUUUCCUUUACACAAUUUUUUUUUUAAUUGCUUAAAAAAACUACAAGGUGUAUCAAGAGAAAGGAAUAUAAGAUGCAACAUACUUUUCUAAUAAUGGUAAUUUUCUUAGUGUCGCAUUCAAGUUGGCCAGAAUCUCUGAUAUACAUACUCUUAAAGUACUCCAUUGUGUGUCGAUGGCAUCGACGUAUCUUUUAAAAGUUUAUGGGGCCCUCAAACCGUAUGACCAAACGCCAGUUCAAAGGGGCCGAGUCCAAGUGAUUAUUGAACUGCUUCACUGGUGGCGAACAGUAGCAAGCUGAUUCCUUUAUCCCAGAAUUUCUUUUGUUCUAGGCAAUACGUUCUCACCAUAUUCUUUAGUGUUUAUUAAAAUCACCCAAGUACCCUCUACGAUUCAAGAUAGUAUGCGCCCUACAAGCAGUGCUGAAUUCCUAGGUGGUUUAUCAACUUGUUAUAAAAAUUCCAGCCUUAUAUUUGGUUCCUUAUUUAGACAGUACCGACUUCGAAGUAGAAACAAUAUUUUUAAAAAUUCCUUAGUGUUUUGACCAUGUUCGGAGGCUUGAUAUUGAGAAGAGGAAUACCUUCUGGAAAAGAUUUUGAUUUCGUCUUUGCAGUGAUACAAAGCAGUCUAGUGUCACGCGAAUUAAAGAAACUUCAAACGCUAAAAUUGUUUAAAGAAGAUUAUCUUGUAUAUUCUGAUUUGAUUUGCCUUCUACGUGACUUCUUUCUUAAUUUUAGGCCAAAAAGUGCGAGGGUAAUUUGUUAUGAGUCUCCUUGACUCAAAAAUGACCUAAAAAGGCUGAUGCUUGGCCGAGUUCAGUAUGUCGUCCAGAAAAUAGAGAGACUCUAUGAUUUAAUGAACUAUCCUCCAUUCAUUGUCAGCUGCUGUGUGUGGAGGUCGCCAUUUUCUCUUAAGUAUCUCAACUUGUAGUUAGUACCAUAAAUGAACACAAUCAACUUUUUCUCGGUUCAAAGCGUUGUCACAAUUUAGCAAUGUCUGUAUCGUUCUUUUGCUCUUUGAGAAUCUGCGUAUGAUUUGGUCAUUUGUGAUUAUUUAUGAAACAGGUGGUCACUGUACUAGCCGGAGCUUAAAGAGCCGAAGGUCACAAGCCCUUACCAGAAAAUGUUUCUUAGUAAUAUAAUGCACUUCUAGUUACUUUUACUCAGGCUCCACCUCCUUUCCGGUGUAACAUCGGUCAGCUUUCCUAUGAUUGUUAGACCCGAAUUCUCAUGUCCAGCGUUUCAUGAUCCUCAUUGUAGCGUACCGCUACGAUGCUGAGAUGAUACAUAAAUAAUUUACAAAAGAAGUUACAAAAGCUUGCCUAUUACACACUGUAGCGUGUAAUAUUUUACGAUCUCUUAACCUAGAUCAGCCAUUGCCAAACAGUUUUCAUCAAAACACCAUGAUUUCACAAAUUCCUCGUAAGGGUUCCAAAAUAUAAAAAAAAUCAAUGAUAACACGAAUUAAAUUAAAACCCACUUGAGACCAAGAAAUCGUUCUUAAGUUGGAAGCAAAAUAGAACAAGUCAUUAGUUCCUGGAACUACAAGGGAAAGGGAUGUGAAGGCAGCUAUUGAAACUGUGAGGUUUUUUAUGUAAAGAAUAUAACAUAAGAUAUUUGUCAACAAGUUCAUGGUAAAUUAAAGAGGGUUAAACUUUGUUUAUACGAUUUCAAACGUAAGAGACGUAUGAGAAUAAAUUCACUCAAAAAUCGAAAUAAAGAGAGCUAAAGUUUUUAUGCUUAUAUGAGGUGGUAAGUAUCUGUGGUUUUUAUUUGCAUAAUUUUAGUAAAAGUAAAAGGUUUUAUAGAUCUAAAAAAUAAUAAUAAUGUUUUAAAAAUGUAUUAAUUUGCAUUUGAAAACAAUAAGAUGUAAUGUGUUUUAAAGAUGUUAUAUUUUACAUUUGAAUGCGUACAUAUUUAUUCAUGUAUUUAUUUAUUUUUUGCUUUUAUAGCCUACUGGGACAGCCAAUCUUUGAAUAACAAACCUGUGAAUGAUAAAAAAAACCUAAACUGUGGCGUUUUAGACUCUUUUAAUUAACAGUUUAUCCACACUACAACUCUCUACUGUGUGUUUACAUUAGAAUGUAAUGUGAUGGUGUACCUUUCCUUUAAGCGUAUACCAACUUUUGGUCAGAGACCUAACUUACAAGAGAGUGAAACAAAAUAGUAUUGUUAAAGUUAUGAAGACUUAUAACUGCAUCAUGUUUUAUAUGAAAGGAAGAAGAAAUUGUUAAAAUAAAAUAGAUUUUUUGUUACAUUGUUUGCUUUCUUGUAAAAAUAACGAGUUUCAAAAAAUAAAAAAUUGUUUGGUAUUAAAAGUCAUUGUUUAUUGAAUUGGUAAGAAGAUGUCACUUCAGAUUUACCUGUUCCAUUGCUGUCUCUGAUUAGUUCUUUAUAUUUAUAAUUUAAGGCCACGUGUGUUUAAAAAUGCAUUAAUAUCUUAUUAAAGAUAACAAUGACAUUAAUUCUAAAUUAAAUUAAAUAUUAAAAAAAUGGAUGUCAGGUUUUGCCUUUUGGGUCAAUGUUUAUUUUUAAUUUGAUGGAACACUUCAGUCCCGUCAUACAAAUCUUGGUAACAUUGUCGUGUAAAGGUAAAUGUAUAAUUGCUUUGUCUUAAACUUGGAUAAAACAAAAACAGUACUAUUUUGUUACGUUAAAACGAUUUUAAAAUAGAGGUGGGUUAAGCUGAAAAACAAUCAGACUGUAUAGACAGGUCUGCGAUACAAACUGCUAUUCACAAUCCAACAGUUAGCAAAAACCCCAGUACAUUCCCAAAAAACAGAAAUUCAGGAAAUAUGUUAAAAAGAAAAUGGACGAAUCUGAAAACGGGAUGCAACAAAGCAACGUGGACAGAGUUUCACAUUGAUUCACUGGGCUCGUAAAUUUAAAAAAAAUAUUAAAAAACUUGAGGAUUUCCUUAUCUGACAUUGAAAAUUUAAAUGAUUUUUAUCACUGCUUUGUUUCCAAAUGAGACAACGUUUAUGAUUUAUAGAAAAGCCCUGCAAGAAAUGUUUAUCUUUUGGCAAAAAGUUGAAUUAACUACUGUUAUUUAUAGUAUCCCCUACCUAUCUUUGACAGAAACGGACUCUGACAUAAGAGAAAAAUAUUCACCUACGAGAUGAGUUUCUAGGGCGAGCAGAUAAUGCAAAAGAAAGGACCACAGUGGGAACCCGAAAGUUAGACAAAUUAAUGGUGCCAUCGUAAUGGCCCAACAAAUAAAUUAUUUGGAUAUGCGACCUGGUCAGAAUGUCUGUGCUGGAAUGAAAGUUUACAUUAGCAGGCCCUCCGAUAUCAGGGCCAGAGGAAAACCUCACGUUCAGUGGAUUGACCCUGAAAAUCCACAAAUAACUUCAAUCCGUCAACUAUACCUCCUCGGUAACAGUUGGCUGAGGAAGGAUAAAAGUAUCUGUAAUGUAUUGUAUGAUUGUAUAUGCUGAACACUCUUAAUUUACUUAUCAUUUAUAGCUGUAUCCAUGUAUCCUGCUUUGCGGUUACUGAUAAUUAUUGAGAUAAUUAUUUAUGUGGAAGCAUGGGAUAAGUCAGAUGUGGUGACAUCACUAUAUUUUAUUCACACAAUACGUUUUACAAAAAUGAGAAAUAAAUCUCGAGGUUGGAGUAAAAAUAAUUGUCAGGCUCUUAUACACUUCACGUAUUAUAUAUUACACUCUAAUGGGCGAUAGCUAGUCCGAUGCUAUGAGAUAUUUCUUUACCAUGUUCAAAAAUCACUUCCUCUCGUAGUGUGCAUGACAUUUCAAUAUAAAACUUUGUGUUAAUACUAAAUUACGCGACAAAAUGUAUCGUAAUAAUUGAGCUGUUAGAGUAUCCAUUAUAUUUAAUUUUCAUGAAAGAUUAUUGUGAAACUUGAUUUAUAAACCCAAUAUAUAUUAUUUUAUGAACUGAUAAAAAUUUGACAACAUAAGUUGGAACUGUAUUUUAGUUUUGAAUUUGUCUUCUUGCUUUUGAAAUGAAAACAAUACAACUGUCUUUACUGCUUAUCACUAGAAUCGGGUUGUUGUAAACUUAGUGAUCGCUAGCAUCAAGUCAUUAAACACCCUUAUUUCUGCAGUAAAUAAAAUCUAACCUAAAGCUCUUAAUUGUCGCCUUUUAUGGAAGGUCUUCCUUGAUAAUAGUUUUGGUUUUAAAAUUUUUCAUAAGAAAGUUAGUUGGCAAUCAUUCUACAAGCCUUUCGACACUGUUACUGAAUUUAUUUUCUAAUACACCAAUGCAUUUCUAAGUAAUGACCUGUUCAACACGACAUUCCUUAUGUGUGUUGUAACAUUUAAAGCGGGUAAGUGGUAUUAAAAUAAAAUAAGUCAUCUUUUGUAGUAUCAGUUGACUAUGAGUGUAAUAUUUACCUUUUUUAUAUCCUGAAUGGACUAGAUGUAGAAGUAAUUUUUAAAAUAUGUUUUUGAUAAUCUUUAUGUAUUGUUCGCACUUUUAAAAUUGCAACAUUAAAGUACAAAGAGGACAUGUUUGUUUCUUCUGUUAAUGGAAGUAUCAGAAUACGGAAUAAAUCAAUUUACUUUCACUGAGGUAGUUGUUGUUUGAGAGUAUGAUUUAGUCCAGCUUUAAAUUGAUGGUAAAGAGAAACAUACAUUUGGUCAUAAUACGGAUGGCAAUAAAAUGAAAUAAAACAAGAUUUUUUCCUCAGAUUCUCUAAAUUACAAAAAUAUUUUCUUAAAGUAAGCAAGUUCUUUCUUCAACUUAGAUAGAAAAUUUAUUAUAGAAUAUUUAUUAUAGAACGAUGUGUAUAUAAAAACUGCACUUAUGUUGUUAAUUUUAAUUUCAUUUAUCUUUAAUUCGUAUUUUAAACCAUUUUAUUUAUUCACUAACAAAUCUUAAUCGUGUAUCAGUGCAUAACGUGCUAUUCAAUUAUUUUAUUUAUAUACUGUGAUAACACAAGGAAGCAAAAUAAACAGAUAUUUGUUCUUUAAAUAAACAAAGCUUUACCGACACAUAAGGAAGUUUAGGCUUGUAAAUCUAAGAGAUACUUUGCACUUAUACUUUUGUGACGUAGAUGUGUGCCUGGCUUUAAAUUUCUGUACUGAACCUUGAAAACAUAAUGCAAUCUCUACUGCAUUAUCCUCAAAUAAAACAAUAUCUUUGUCACAUUAAUAUAUUACAUAUUUAAUAUAUACGCCAAAUUAUUAUAACAUCUUAACCAAAUAGAAAUAACAAGAUUUCAGUAACUAAAUAUGCUGCAGGCAUAACAGUUUUAAAUAGUUUCUUCUCUGGAUAUCAGAAUAAUAUGUUCUGUUUUUAACCCGAUAAUUAUGUUCAGGAAAGGAAAAAUGUGAUUGCAUCAUUAUGUGAAUAUAAAUCUCUAAAAAAACAAUUAUUUUUAGAUAUAAAUAUAUUAUCUCUUUUAAAAUUAAGGAAAUUUGUGUUUUACCAUCUUUCUAAAACAUGAUUAUAAAAACAUCUUUGUGAUUUAUAAGUGUCGAAACUGUGUUGAAAAUGACUAAGGAAAUAUCCUUUUCUCCAAGAUUUAAAACAUUAAUAUUUGUAAUGGAUGUGUCUAUUUUUUAAAAAAAAAAAAUUAUGUUGCUAUAUAUUAAACCAUCUGAUACAUUUAUCACUGUUAUUAAACAAUCCAUAUAAGUCGACUCAUGGGACGUGUAUUUUUAAUCUAUACCUUUUCUAGGAUUACACGCCCGUAAUUUAUACGUUUAUAAAUUUUGAAGCUUAUCUCAAAUCUAUUCCACUUAGUGUCAUUUAAGAGAGCUAUGUGGAGAGAAAAUAGAAUAUAUACCAUCGUAUUAUUUCAGGGAAUUACCCAUUGGUAUUUUAACUACGUUCAUUUUGUCUAGCGAGCUGUGUGUUUCCUUAUCAGCUUUCCGGGAAGGGCAAAGGCGCGGGUAUACUAAAUAAUAAAAAAACUUGUCAAAGGGAACCAGGCACAAGUGCACCAGCCAAACAGACACUACGUGGUAUACCUUCACUGCAGUCCACUGCGCAUGAAUGCCUUAUAGACGCACAAUUCAUUAUUGAUGAAGAUUUAGUAAUCGUAUCAUCCUCUUCAUCAUUAGGAAAGUGAGUAGGAAGUGGCCUAAGUAUAUAUGGUUUUCGAAAUUUAAUGUGAUAGCGGUAUGCAGCUAAAUCAUGAUUAAUGUCAUGAUUAUGUCUCUUUUGAUACAUUUUUAUGUACAGCGCGGUGAGCCCAGCCCUAGGCUGGGGUACCACGCUAUAUAAGACCUCUUAUUAUUAUUAUUAAAUCAAGUGCUGUUGUCUUCUUUGGGCUACCAUUCUGUCAAAACUCUUUGCACUUUUUACACAUUAGUAACCUCUUAGGACAAAUGACAGAUACCUGGAUGUUUACAGCUUGCCAAUCAGUCGAAGGUACAUCUCAGUUUAUUUUAUUAAUAUAACAUCACAAGAUAAAUUAAACUUAGAAACAAAUUAUUUUUGAAAAAUAUUUUUAAACGUUUAAUUAACUUUAUUUCUUAAUUAAUUUUAAUGAUAUAUCGUUAAAUUAAAGUUAACAUAAUUUUAACUAAAACGAUAUUAUUACAAUGUAUUCAUGUUUGAAUGAUUAUGUUGGUCAAGAUGGCCACGUAUAAACUAUUUUAUUUUAAUCAAAUGCAUUUAACGUGAAUAUUACAGAUACAUGGAGAUUCAGUAGUAAAAAUGUGUAUACAUUGUAUAUCACAAAUUAUAAAUCCCUAGGUAUUAUAACUAUUUGUCAUAAUAUUUAUAUUUGAUUUGUUUUUAAAUGUUAAAUGAAUUUGUUGUUUUUUUUUCUUAUAUACGGAAAUGUUUUUAUUAUUUCUUAUUCAAACUUUAAUUACGUGUAUUUUUUCUAGAUCUAAGAGACCAGGAAGUAAAUUCUACCAUUGGCUUAAUAGAAAAUGUGAUUGAAUAAUUCAAAAGGGGAGUUGCGAUCAGCUAUUGUGACAAGACGACCUGGUUUGCCUUUCACUUUUAUACACAUUAUACUAUUAAUUGUUUAAAAUUAUAGUCUUGAGACUCAAAUUAGGACAAGGAUUAUUUGAAAAACCACCUGAGUGAUCUUUAAGAUAUUGUUCAACAGGAAUGAUGAUAAAUCGUUAGAGCGAUUUCUCAUUUACAGGAAUCAUGUAAUUAUAUCUCACAAUUAUUGUAUUCAUUUAAUUGUAAAUUAGUUAGUUGGUUAUUUUUUUUAAAAUUUCUUUCGUCUUCAAAGAUAUUUUACGCAAUGGGAGUCGCUUAGUCAAUUAUUUUGUCACGUGAUAUGAGUAAAAACGAGUAAGAUUUCCGGUAGGCUGUAUACAACACACUAGUGCUUGACAACAGUAGCCCGUUACACACUACAACUACACUACAUUUCGUCCAAUGAAAAUUAACAAUAAAAUAAACAAAGGGGAAUGACUCCUGCAUCAAUAUUGAAUAAAAACGCAAAUGACGUCAUUACAACAGUAGCCCGUUACACACUACAACUACACUACAUUUCGUCCAAUGAAAAUUAACAAUAAAAUAAACAAAGGGGAAUGACUCCUGCAUCAAUAUUGAAUAAAAACGCAAAUGACGUCAUGAGCACGCACGGAGCUCAACAACAUCCUGCCGAUAAUAGUAUUGAUAGUUCCCAUCGAAUAUCGCUCACAAAUUUUUCUUGAAAUAACUUUCUUCCUUUAAUCAUAACUGACGUAUAUUUAUUGUCACAUCUAUGGAUUUCAUUUAAAAAACGCAUGUAUUCCAGAAUAUUUCGAAAGGUAAAAUUUUUAAGUAACAUGACAUUGGGGAAGCACUGAUGAAGUAUCUUUUGUUGUGUGUAACAGCCUAGUGAUGGCUUACUCACAUCACGUGACCAAACAAGGAAGUGACUAAGCGACUCCCAUUGAAAACAACCGUGAUUGAUUUAGCUUCAUUGAAUUCUUACAAAGAAACUGGUUGAAAAGCUGAAAUUUUUAACUCAAACCAGUAAAUGAAUAACGAUACUAAUAAUAUUUAAGUAUUGAAAUUUUAGACAAAGUUAACACUAAGAAGUAUUGAAUACAAAAUUGUAUUUGUAUCUACUUCAUAUUUUUAUAGCCUUAUAAGUUUUAAGGAAAAAAAAGAAGCACUGGUUAAAUGAAAUUACACAAAUAGUUCAACAAACUUGUAAGAAAUAAACGUUAUUCGGCUAAAAACAUUGUCAGAAAGUAACAAGGGUAAAAUCAAAAUAAAUACACCUCCUAACAAGUAAAAUAGUUUCGCUCUGAAUCAUAGAACAAAAUAACAAAUGAAGGUAAAUUGUGAACCUCAAAUGAUGGGCGUGGGGAAAUGGAAAAAGAAUUAAAGUAAUUGAAUAAAAAUAAAUCGAUAUGAAAACAAUGAAAUGUAAGUAAGUAAGCUGUCAAAAUCAUUUUUGUAAUCUUUUACUCCAAACACAUUCUGGCUGUCAUUUCUUUGGAUAACUUUUAAAAGUGACGUGACCAUGUCAAUUAUCGCCGCAUUAACUCUGGUGAAUGAUCCGAUAUAGUCAAAACUUAGUCCUACUCUAAAAUAUUUUGCAUCAUCUAUUCCCUACACACUGCUUCAGUUCAACAGUAGUAUCAAAAAUAUAUUCAGUUCUACAAGCUUCACUACUAUAAUUUUAGAAACAUAUUCCACACAGACUAUCAAACACAAAAUAGUACUGAACUUAACGAACGGUAUUACUAAUAGACGGCACUUACCCCUAAACUGAGUUACGAGACUUAACUACGAGAACUUAACAUGACUCCUGCUAUUUCUUACGCAGUAUAAAUUCUAACCUAAAGCACAUCACUUGUUUCUUCUGCUUGUUUGUCCUCCUCGUGUUUAUUAUUGGUGAGCUGAGCCUUUAUACUCCACCAUGACUUUUCUUUAUUCUCGAGCUUUCUGAUACAUUGCUGUUACGUACCAUUAGGAUUUAGCGCUUUAGAAGAUCACUACUUAACAAAGGACUAAAACCAGUGCGCUAAGAAAAAAGAUACCAAAGCUAGUGAAGUUUAAAUUAAUCAAUUUAUUUAAAUUAACAAUGUUGAUAUCUUAACAAUAAAUCAACUCCAUAGAAAUGAUAAAAGGGUAAAAAAUAUAUCAAAUGACAGAACUUGAAUAUGUCUUAUAAUAAAGAGGUGGAAAUAAUAAUUCCCACACAUGGCGAAAAUAUUAAUCGACAGAAGUAAUAAUAAUUGGGAAAUUUUUAUCCACACACACACGAUUGUAAGUAAUCACGAGCUACGUCUCGCAAAGUUUUUCGCCCAUUUUUUUUCUGCAUUACAAUUAACCGCCAAUUUAAAGUGGGGGAAACUUUCUAUUAUUCAUAUUCGAAACAUUCAUACCCAGGGACCCAUGUGGCACGUGUGAGUUUACAGACUUUUAUAACAAGAUUUGCACGUAGCACUCAAGAGUUUUGCUUGUCAUUAGUUAAUUUCAAAAAAUUUUAAACCAGCUUCUCUUAUCAAAUACACGAGAGUUUUGCACCCCAGUAAAAUUGUUCAUAACCAUUACGUAGCACGUAAUAUUAAUCAAGCUCGUGGGGGGGGGGGGGAGUAUGCAUGGCACCAAAAUGCGGGGUUGGGUCACAAAACACGAGAGGCGAUAACUCAGCUUGUAACCUUGAAAAUUAUACAAAAACCUAAUCGUUAGAGUUUUGCACCCCAGUAAAAUUGUUCAUAACCAUUACGUAGCACGUAAUAUUAAUCAAGCUCGUGGGGGGGGGGGAGUAUGCAUGGCACCAAAAUGCGUGGUUGCGUCACAAAACACGAGAGGCGAUAACUCAGCUUGUAACCUUGAAAAUUAUACAAAAAUCUAAUCGUCAGCUUAAAUUGCAGCAUGACGAGACGGUCAUUAUUUGAUCUUUGCAAUAUCGUGAAUGUGUUCAAUAAUUAAUGCAUCAAAGAGGUAUUGUCCUGACUUACAAGUGUAAAUGAAUCAACAAACUAUCAGAGGAUUAAGUUAUUAAUUUACAUAAAGAUAGAUUGUUGAAAUGUGAAUUCAUUUAAUUAAUAAGGUCUAAGGAAAGUUAAUUUCCUAUCAAAUUGUCAAAAAAACUGUUUAUUGCCAAGGCGUUAGCGUGCAUACUCUGCACCGUUUAUUCGGGCCAAGUCAAAAUGGCCCCCGGAGGUUUUUGUCGACAGCUUUAUUGUCAGAGGCCCUUUUGACAUGAGUAAAAUUGUAAAGAGUCAUAUUGUCGGUGGCCUUAAUGACCGGGGCACUUUUUUUGGAGACUAUAUGACGGGAGAAUUAUUUUCGGGACCAUUUUCUUAGGGGCCUUAUUAUCGGGGGCUCAUUUGCGAGUGCCCUAUUGACGGGCCUUUUUUUAUGAGAUAAUUCGUCGUAGUAAUUUUUCAAGGGCUGAUUUUUCUCAGACCAUUUUGGCGUCACACGCGUGCUAUCAUACAUCUAUGGCAUAGUGUUUCUUUGUUAUGUGACGAGGUGGGUGUUUACAAAAGGAUACGGCGGAAAACAUUUUUGUUUUAAAGUAUUCUUUUUUUCCUAUGCUGGAAAAGAAGUAACUUCCUAAUGAUAUAUUUUUUGCCAUUUACCAGCCGUUAAUAUCAAUACGCUCCUCCAUGGCAUACGUUUAGUCAGGUGACAGACUGAUUAAACUACCUGGCAGAAAAAAAGCGUGGCGUGGCUAGGCUAAGUGCCAUUAGGGGGCUGACCAAGAUAAUUUCCCACCCUAUUCUGUUAAAAUAAAAUACGAACUCCGCCGUUGCUAUAAAAUACCACCACUCCAUUAUAAAGAAAUAAGUGCUCCCUUAUGGCGCACCGCCCCUCCCUACGCCACUACAGAGGAUGGUCUGCUUGCAAUAGUGCUAAUUAGCACUGCGUUCUAACAAAAUUUUUAGUUUGACGGAACGCUGGAUAAGUUUCGUAACUGAACCACGGACCGGUGUCAGAUUAAUUAAUUAUAUUUUCUUUUUAUUCGACCACAUGGAUGUUGUGCAGAAAGUUAUCGUAGAGCGCACGGACCGGACCACCUCUUGGGGAACGCUGAAUUAGGGACUUAUUUCCAGGUCUAGGCGCACGGUUCAAAAGUUUGGGCGACCGGGUAGAGUUUGCUUUUAUUUCUUCAAUCUGUUAUUUCAUAGUAAUGUGUUACCCUUUUUCCAAUAACCUAAAUAAGACCUAAAAAAAACUAAUAAUAGUGAUAAAUUAUGAAAAAAAGUAUUGGAAAUGCCCUAAAACUUAUUAUGACAAUAGGCAUUUCCAAGCUAAUAACCUAAUAUUUUCCAGAAUUAAAAAAAAUUGUAAAGAAAUACAGAAAUUUAUAAAACCAAUAUGAAGGGUCAAUAGUAACCUCAACCACAUUUUUUAGAAAAAUAAAAUCAUCUUAACAUUUCUAUAACUUUAUAAUCACUUCAUGAAAUUUUACAAAAGCCCCCCCCCCCCAAAUCAUAACAAAAAAAGCAAUAAUAUAACUCUUUUGAACCUCAUAACCAUUUUCAACUUUCUAGCGAUUUCAAGAUUUAAAUUCAAUCUCAAUUACGCAUUAAUUUUACCAAUAGGUAAAGAGAUACAGAAAUGACAGAGGUAAAGUCUUCUUUCAUUUUAAUGAAUAAAGAUAGCUUGUAUUCAAAGUGCUGACCUCAGGGCCACCGAGAGGAUUAUUAAUUGCUGGAAAAAGAAUAAAAAUGGUUCACUUUUACCGACACAAGUACACAUUAAUUUAAUAUGUCAUAAUUGAUAAAUUAUAUGAAAAUGUGCACAUAUUAUAAUCAAACGGAGACAGUUACUUCUGUAAAAGAAAAGAAAAAGAAUAAUACACAUUAGUAUAUAAACAAUAAUGAAACAAUAUAAUAAGUAGUGAAUUUAUAACUCGAUUCAUUAUAAGGUCAUAGAAGUUUUUAUAGUUGAGAUCUAAUGGAAUUUAUUUUAUGCUAUACAAAGGUUCUUUCCUAGCCUUUUUCCUGGCUAAAUUGUGAAUCCGGACAUCAAAAUAAUCAUUUUUUCAAGGUAAGACAAAAUAUUACCGAGUCUUACCAAAUUUACCAUUUCCCAAUCAUCAUUUUUUCCAGCUUUAUUUUGCUGAAUAAGUUCUUUGCAGAGAUGACUUUGACAGGAAUUGUUAGCAAAAUACGAAGGCAACACAUAUAUUAGAAAAUUAGCUUGAUGAAAAGAUGGCAAAUGACUUUUCUCAAUUAGGGGAUAUUGAUCUGACAGUAACUUUUAUUUUUUUACUUAUGUUCAUCGUAAGGAAUCGUUAGGUACUUCCAGAGAAAACUGAACUUCUCCGAAAGCAUAUCAUCCAUGCAUCUGUGAAACGUACAGUGAGUCCACCACUAGCAUUAUCCAAUAUUACAUCGAAGACAUAUUUUAAGAAAUAUGUUUGCUUAGGGGAUUCAUCCAUUCACCUUGUUUAGACAUAUGUGCUUCCAUGUAGCAACUCCAUCAUGGAACCUCUUCCUUUAACGUUUUGCUUUACCCCAAUUUUCUGAGAAUUUCUCUUACAUGGACAAAUUAGAAGCAAUAUUUUUAUUUUUGCUACACGUACUUUUCCAAAGAUUUAUCAGAUAUGAAAUCAAUAUUCUUAAGUUGGACUCUUCGAGAUCCAGCGCUGCAUUUCCGGACCGUUAAAUAUAUCAACUGUAACUAAUACCCUUUGUGACAUAAGGCGGAGCUCCAUCUGUCCAUGUUCUUGUUUGGCGGUUAUGUUUACUCCGCGAGAUUUUUAACGCUAAUUUGAUGCUUAGCAAGUGGGUUACAAAGUGAUUUAUACUUUCAACACGGUCUGACCAUCGUAUGCUAGACAUGCCGUGAAAAGAGCAUUUUGUACAGUUCCAAAGUAUGUUAUUGCUUCAGGAAAGUAUUUUGUGACGUCCUUUCCUCAAAAAUUGAGUGUGUGUCAUUCACAUGGUGAAAAUAAAGCUGUUUCACUUUGGUCAAAUAUUCUUGUUUGUGCACCUUUAUAUUUUCCUGCCAUGUUGGCUGCAUUGCUGUGCACGACAAUCUGACAGUGAAAUAUCGUUUUCUUUCUAUGUUUCUACCAUCAUCUGUGCUAUUUAAUAAACUGUGCUAUGGCUUUUGUCGACAAAAAUGUAAAAAUCAUUGUACAAAUACCAAUUUAUAUUUUAAGCAUAAUUUACCUUAUUUUGCUUCUUAUCUUUUUAUGUUUUCUUUGUUUUCAUUUUUUUGUUUUCUGUUUACAGUGUAUGGGAACGUUGAAAUCAGAAAAACAUGACAUUUUUAGCUAUCUUUGUCUUAGUGCUACACAUUAUUAACAACUGUGCUGAUUGUAAGUACACGUGAACAUUUAUUGUCUGGUGUUUAAUCUGUAAAGAAAAUUUGACGUGUUUUUUAGUAUAUUAUUUUAGACACUUAAAAAUUAUUUGAUUUAAAAUGGUAAUUUUUGAAGAAGUGUGGCAUCAACUUUAACUAACAGCAAAAUGAAUUAUUUAACUUGUUAUAUAUAAAAAUCCGUUUUGUAAAUGGAAAUGUUUAGCUUUUAAAUAUGUAUAAAUUUUAAAUAUUAAAAUACUAUAUACUAAAUUAUGGUAUGGUCAUAAAUAACGAAGUCUUUAUUUAAACAAAUCGUCUUUUGUAGCAUGUAAUACAACAGACCGUUUCAUCAAAAACUGGUUUGGUUCUGACUGCCAGUACAAAUGUCACUGUAAGAACAAUGUAGCUUGUAAUAUUACCAAUGGUGACUGUCCCAAUGGAUGUGAUAUUGGAUGGUUUGGUCCAGCUUGUCAGUAUGGUAAUUUAUUUCUAUUCAUAUAUUUGGAAUCGAUUUUUUUUUAUGAUGUACCUUUUAAAGUCAUUAUAUUCAGUCACCUCGAUUAAUCAAAUAUGGUCUUAAUUCACAUAUCCCUUUCUGUAGCAAUAUCACAUGAGCUGCUAUUUAACACGUUAUAAUAAAAUGACAAACUGCCUCCAAACCCUCAUCUUUUCUAAAGAUAAAAAUGUUGUUUCUUUUUAAAAACAAAAAUAUUUUUUUUUUUGAAAGUGGUUUAUAUCUUAUAGAUAAGGUAUUUUUUCAGCUGACAUCGUCAAAAAUGCAACCUUAACACUUACGCCUGACUUGACACAAGAAGUUGCCAAGAUCUCAGACGGGGAUGACACAACGUGUGCUGCUCUCACUGGAUCUAAUUUAGAACUUAAUGUCACCUGGAGCUUUGAUUUUUAUUUCACAUGGUUGAGAAUUGUCGUCAGGAAUACAGGUGGUAAGUAAUGAAAUAUAUGCACUUAAAAAAAAUUGAGAAGGUAUAAAAUAAUAACCGGCAUGUUCUAUUCAUUUUAAUUAAUUAGUUUUGAUUGAUACUAAAUUUCCACAAAUAAAAGUAUUUAUAUUUUGAUUUGCAUUUAUGUCAUAAACAUAAAUAUAGUCUUAGAAUUUAUUGAUAUAUAAAUAUAUUUCAUAGUAAUACAUUUUUGUCUGCAUGAUUUAGAAUUACAGAAAGAAAGCAUUUCACUAAAGUUUCCAGAUAACGUCACAACACAACAGUGGUCAUGUGUAAAUGUAAUUAUUGACAAUGUAACACUAGACAUCUAUUGUAACAUAUCUAAAGUUACCAGAACAAUAUUACUAAAUGGACCUGCAGUCGACAGCCUGUGUUCCCUUUACAUCACCGAAGGUAAAAAUUGUUAAAAUUAUUUUAAUGAAAUAAUUUAAUAAUUUUCAUCUUCCCGCAUUCGCGAAUGAUAGAUGAGCUAUAGACACAUAAUCGAAACGCUUACGAGGCCGAUCCUGGAAUAGCAUUCUUAGCUGCACUUCGUCCAGGAGAACCAUAAAUUCUUGUUAACUUUGCCCUUUACUGAUGUUCGCUUGCUGGAAGAUCUCCCAUUCUUAUAUUUCUAUACCAGCAUCCCGAAUGGUUCUUGUCAAAAUGUCCUUAAACCCCAGUCGAGGCCAUAAAAUAAGUUUUGCCCCUUCUGCCUAUUCACCGUAAAGCAGAUUCCCAAGUAUACGGCCUUCCUCCAUUCUCCUUACAUGACCUAACCAGUGAAGGCACCAUUUUCUAAGAGUUGAGAAUACGUUACACAUUUUGGCACGCUCCAAAACCUCUUUGUUAGACACCUUGUCCAGCUAUCGAGUUUGUAAAAUAAGACGCAGACAUCUUUGUUGGAUGCUGUUUAGUUUCCACUUAUGACUGGCCUAUGUUUUGUUUAAUUUCAAUGCCACAUAGGAGCGUAUUGAGAACACAUGCCAGAUAGAGGCUUUGUUUUGUACUUUCAAUUAGUUUAAGAUCAUUUACCCCCGCUUAUUCAAUUUAGACAUAGUUGAUGUGGUUUGUGCAAUCCCCACUCGUUAUGUUUAGAGGGAACUGUGUUGUCAAGAUAUUUGUUUUCUGUAGAUAGUUUUAAUUUUUUCCCAUACAGAGUAGAUCGAUUUUGUAAUUUUGUCUCAAACUAAGUAUCUCGAUUGUGUUAAAUUUUCCAAUUAAUUCGUAAAAAAGAUUAUAACUUAUGAUUUACAGAGGCAAGAAAUCCUUGUAAAUGUGCAAAAACUAAAAUUAAUGAUUUCUCCUAUUUAGGUUUGUUUCUGUUUUCUCUUUCUUAAUAAAUAGUAUCUCAGCAAAUUUUUGCAGUAGCACGUUGUUCGCCAAAAGUUGUUCUAACCAAAGCAAGCUGUAUUUUUAAAAUAUUUUGGAUGCUUUCAAUGGCGAUGUUACUUACAUUUUUCUCCAAUUAGUGCAUUUCGUAUGUCAUUUAUUGGUGUUUCUGAUAAAUAAUUCUAAAUUGAUCUGAAUUUGGAUACUUGUGUUCACUUUAUGUAAGAAGAGUAAAAUAAAUUAUGUCUCAAAUGUUAAUUAGUAAACAAAAAAUGUUAUUAAUUGAUUACAUCCGAAUUAUAGUAACAAGUUAUUUUACCUCCCCGCAUUUUUCUCGCAAUGGUACUCUUGAUUUUUUAUUUUUUUAGAUUUUUCAUAUUAUUGUUAUUGUGUUCAUUUUUUCUAUACUUUGUUUUUUCUAUACCUGGUCUUGCUAUAUAAGAUAUAUUUCUUCUUUCUUGAAAUCCCUAAUUUUGUGUCGUAACUUUUCAUUUGUUUUUCUAUAUUUCUGUAAUUGUUUUCUUGUUUUCUUAAAGAAGGAAAACAUUGUAAACUCAUGUUUUUGUUGCUGUUGUAAUUACCACAUUAGUUAUUUGUACUGAGUUUGACUUAAAUAUUAGGCACUGUCAAUAAAAUAACCGUUAGCAAUGUAUGGGUUAACAAGUUUGAUUUUUAAACAAGUAAAUUAUUUCAUCAGGACGAAAUGUUGCACUAAAGCAGCCGUCAAAUCAAACAACAACAGAAAAAAAUCAUGUACAUCAUCUCUCAAGUAACGCUGUAGACGGAAACCACAACUGGGCAGACAACUCUUGCACACAUACUGAUGAAUCUUCCGAUCCCGCUCCAAUGUGGACACUGGUUUUUAAUCGCAACGUUACAGUACAAGCGUACACAAUCUACAAUAGAGUUGGAUGUAUGAAUCUACUGGAAAUAAAGAUCUUUCUCACAUAUACAUUUUAUUGAAGGGAGGGGGCUACUUGUAAUUUAAUCGUUCAUUUUAACAAGAAAGAAGUUUGUAAUUUAAUUGUUUAUUAUUUAACAAAUUGUAAUUAAAUACACCCUUUGUUGAAUAUAACAACAUUAGCUUGUUCAUGCUCUAUUCACAAAUAGCUGGAAGUGACGCAUAUUGCUGUCUAGUCCGACUGAAAGGAUUUCUUCUGACAACUUUUAACCAAAGAAAUCAAAACCUCCAAAAUUACACUGAUACUCUGACGUCACCACAGGAAGUCUACCACAUUUUGUCAACAGAUUCGUGGCCGCAAGUUUCAAAAGUUCAAAUACAAGCAACUUAUAGCGAUAAAAACUUCACACAUAAAGUCCUUACUUUGUGCGAAGUGGAGAUAUACGGUGGUAAGUUUCCUAAAUUAUUUGAUGAGAAUGUACUAGUUACUUUUACACUACUCCAGAUCUCUAGCCUUAUCACUAUUCAUCUCAUUCAGAAUCUUUAAAUUUAUAACGAUUUUUUGGCAUCCGUAUUUCUCCGCUAGAUGAUAGUUGACUUCGGAAUCAUGAAUAUAUUCUUAAGUGGUUUACGAUUCCUAUCCUGGAGAGGAAAUUUGGACUUUAGAUCUCUCAUGAGAACCUUUACUGAUUUAUAUAUUUUGCUUUCUGUAUAGUUUGUUACGCACUGACUUGUAUGGGGAGAAAUUAAUCUCCUAUUUUAAUUUUAAUUGGCUCGUUGUUAAUAGUGCCUAACAAAGGACGAUGCCAUAGAAUCAACAAUAUUAAAGAUACGACACCCACCGCUGUUUCUAGUUACAAUUAAAAAGAUUUAUUAAGUCUUAAUAUAAUUACAAAAGAAAAGAAAAUAUAAUGUCAAUCUUUAACUUACAGUAUGGUAGAUCUUGUACCUGUACACAGUUGAUACAGUUAGAAUAAUGUGUCAAUGAAUAAUGAUGAAGUGCGAAAUAAACACAUAUGAGUAGGGGCACACAAAUAUACAAGGAAUAAAACACGCCUCGUAAAGUUAAUAAUAUCUAUCUGAAUCUCCGUCUUUUCGUCCGUGCCUGUCAAUCCCUUAUGUAGGUCGCGUAAGCCCUGCCUUCCAUAAAGACUUAUGAAGUUCCUAGAACAAUCACAAUCAUUCUACAAAAUACUAUUUGGAACAGAUUAAUUAUUUUUAGUGGCUGGCGGCAUAAACACGACAGAUCAAACGACUAAGCCACACCCCUAUGUGAACACAGCGUCUCAUGCGGGGUCAAUCAUAGGGCACGCACGAGAAAAAUUAUGUAAACAAGCUCUUUUUAACAAGUUCUUUUUGCUUUAAAAAGUGUUCGUUUUAAUAUAUUCGUCUCUUGGAUUCUUAUAUAAGUUUAUAUACGAGAGAUGAUCUAUUAAAGUUUUUUUUUUUUUUUUAAAUAUAGGAAAUAUGGUCUGAAUGCACCUACAUAGAAAUGAGUAAAAAAAAUAUUUCUAUAUUCGUCUCUUGGAUUCUUAUAUAAGUUUAUAUACGAGAGAUGAUCUAUUAAAGUUUUUUUUUUUUUUUAAAUAUAGGAAAUAUGGUCUGAAUGCACCUACAUAGUAAUGAGUAAAAAAAAUAUUUCCUAUGAAGCAACCAGAUGUGACCGGGGCAAUAACAAAGCACUGGUGUAUGCAUGUAAAUAUUUGUGUGUGUAUGUAUGUAUGUAUGUAUGCAUGUGUAUGUGUGUAUGUAUAUGUAUGUAUGUAUGUAUGUAUUGGCGUGGGACCUUAUUUCUUAUGCUGUGAGUUAUGUCAGUAGUAUGGUUACUUAUGUUAAUACUUCAGGAUGCCGACUAAGACUUCUUCAUUCUUCCACUUAUUAUCCAGGCACGCAAAGAAGAAUACUCAAUUCUGGUUAAAACUCACAGUACUCUAUUGAACACACUUUACUGAUAAUAUUAUUGAUAAUCCUUGCAUGAAUGUAAUAAUUUCACAUGUAUAUAUUAUAGUAUUCCAUCAUUCAGAAAGACACGUCCUCACACUACUAUAACUCAGCUCAACUGUCUGAUAACUCAGCUCUCCUAGCUCUCUCUACUGCUCUGCGCUCAGCUCUGACUAUAUCAGUCAACUCAUACUUUAUUACCAUCAAAGCGUGGAAAACAACCGCUCUGACAAAAACAUAAUUUUACUCUCCAAAAACGUGGAGCUCAAAUUUGUUCUCAAAAAUGCAAUCCACUCUCUCUCUCGUGGAAAAACAUGGUCAACACAAUUCACUGUUCACUCAUGCUACCUCUAUGUUUUCUUGUGAAAACAUAGUCCGUUACAUGCCCCACCCAUCUGAAAAAUUUUUGUGCAACAAAAUUUUUGGCAAAAAUUAUAUGUUGAAAUAAUGAUAAUGUCUUUUGGAAAAUUUCAAUACCACAUCCAUCAAUCCUUUAAAUAAGUGUAUAAAUAUUAACAUUUCAUCAUUAUGAAAUACAUUGCCUUUGGCAGUUAAUAUCACACAUAAUAGUGCAUAAUUUAAUUUGGCAAAAAAAUUUACAAAAUCUAUAAUGACAACCUCUUAAAAUUCUUACGUAUGAUAGUGUGAAGUGACAUUAACAUCUUAGUGAUUAAUAAACACUGCAAAAUGAAUGUAACAACCUUAAAUUUUGCAUUAGAUAAUUUACAAUUGGUUAAAAUCUGAUAUUCAUUUACAAAAUUGAUAUGUACAAGUAUAUUUCGAAAAAAGUGAUUGAACGUAUGUGUGUAUCUUCAUUUAGAAUGUCUGACUAAUGUGUCUUAAGUCAGUGUCUUUGUCAUUGUCUGUAUGUUCAAUGUGUCUGGAGAGGAAAUCAGCUACUGUGUUGUCUUUUCCUUUUAUUGUCCUUAUCUCAUACUGAUAAUCUAAUAGGAUCAACGACCAUCUGUUUAUUUUGCUGUUUGCUAUUUUCUUUCUAUUUAGUGCCAUUAAUGGCUUGUGAUCAGUCAAUAAUAUAAAUUUUCUACCUAAUAGAUAUUUCUGUAAUUUUGUGAGUGCCCACACAAUUGCUAAGCAUUCCUUCUCAAUGGUUGAGUAGUUAAUUUCAGUUCUGCUUAGUGCCCUACUUAAAUAGGUAAUUGGUCUUAGUUUAUGAUUGAAUUCUUGCAUAAUGCAAGCUCCUAAUCCAAUGUUGGAGGCGUCUGUCACUAAAGUGAAAGACUGAUUAAAAUUGGGUGAUAACAAUAUGUUGUCACUUUGGAAAAUUUCUUUGAUUAUUUUUAAUGCAUUCUCACAUUCAUCCGUCCAUACUAUUUUUUUCUUGCUAUCUUUGUUUAUUAGUUUCCUUAAAGGUAAAGUAAUAUCAGAGAAUUUUGGAACAAAAGUGCUGUAAAAAUUGCACAAACCUAAAAUGGCUUUGACUUCUUUUUGAGUGUGUGGUGUUUUUAUGUUUAAUAUUUUUCCUCUGUUGUGUUCUGUGGGCUGAAUUGUGUUCUUACUGACUUUAAAUCCUAAAAAUUAUAUUUCCUCUUGUGCAAAUUUUAAUUUGUUUGGUGCUAUUGUGACUCCAUGUGAUCUUAGUUUGUUUAGUACUAUUUUUAUUGUCUCUAUAUGUGUUUUCAUAUCUUUUGUGUGGAUACAUAUAUCAUCAACAAAAUGUACAACAUUUGGUAUGCCUUCUAGCAUGAUUCGCAUGAAUCGAGAAAAUGUUGCGGUAGAAUUGACCAGACCACAUGUCAUUACUGUCCAUUCGAACAAGCCUUCCUCUGUGGCAAAUGCAGUCAAAGGCAUGGAAUCUGGAUGCAUGCCUAUUUGCCAGAAUCCUCUGUUUAAAUCUAGGUGUGUGAAUAAUGUGGAGGAGCCUAUUUCUUCAAGUAGUUCUCUGGUGUCCCUCAUGGGUUCUGCAUCUGAUUGGGUGAUUUUAUUUAACUCUCUAUAGUCACAGCAUAUACGGCACUGGCCAUUUUUCUUUUUUACUACUACCAUGGGUGAUGCUAUUGGUGAAUCUGAUCUUUUAAUCUUGUUGGUCUGUAUUAAAUGAUUUAGUUCUUUCUUUACUUCUUCCCUAAAUGCAUAUGGGAUUGGAUAGAUUUUGUGUUUGAAUGUGGGUUCCUGUGUUAAUAUAAUCUUGUGAUCUAAACUACUAGUGUGUCCUAUGUUCUCUGUGAUGAAAUCUUUGUAUUCUUUUAGAAUUGUUGUUAAGUGUCUGUUUGUUGUGGUGUUACUUUCAUUGUCUUCUAAUUGUAUAACACUAGCAACGGUGGCUGUACUGGUUAUUUCAUUAGUGAUGGUUUCUAAAUCUUCUGGAACAGAGUCAUAUUUUCUGAGCAAGUCCACAUGUAGGACUUUCAAUUCACCCUUCAUGUGGAUUACAUAAUCAACUAAAUUUACCUUGUCAUGUACUGUAAAAGGACCCUGCCAGAUCUUUUGUCCAUUAUUGUUUGGCACCAGACUAAAACUUUAUCAUUUACUUUAAGAUCUCUGAGGUAUCUAUGUGUAUUCUUUAUGUGUCUUUGUCUUUUAGACUCCCUAUCAGUGUUUUCUUUAGCAUUUUCUAUGCCAUAUGUUAUCCUCUCUCUAAUUUUUGUAAUUAUGUCAAAUGUGUCCUGUUGUUUGCCUUUCUGGCCUAAGAUAUUUUCUUUGAAAAGAGUUAAAGGUCCCUUUGGAUUGGCCCCAAACAUUAGCUCAAAUGGAGAGUACCCUGUGGUGUCUUGUAUACUCUCUCUAUAGGCAAAUAGAACCAUGGGUAUAGAUAGGUGCCAUUCUCUAGGGUGGUCUAUUGUUGUUUUAUUUAACAUUAUUUUUAGUGUCUUGUUCCAUCUUUCUACCAUACCAUUGGCCUGUGGUCUGUAUAUUGUGGAAUGCACUUGUAUAAUACCUAGCAAUUUUGUAACGGCAUUGGUUAAGUUGGAAGUAAACUGUGUUCCAUUAUCUGAUAAUAUUUUAUCAGGGAACCCAUGUCUUGUAAAUACAUCUAACAAUGCCAUGCAUAUUGUUUCUGAAUUAAUGUUUUUAAGGGGAAUUGCCUCUGGCCAUCUAGAUGCCAUAUCAAUCAUGGUUAAAAUAAAUUUGUGUCCCUUAUUUGAUGGCGGAUUAAGAGGACCAAUGAUGUCUAUAGCGACCUUCUCAAAGUUUCUGCCUAUUUUAUCUGUGGGUUGUAUGGGUGCUCUGUGUUUACUGUGUAUUGGGUUUUUGUCAGACAUGGUAUGCAUUUGUUUAUAAGUUUCUUUAUAUCCUUGUGAAUGUCUGGCCAAUAAAAAUUCUGUGUUAUCCUUUCUAACGUUUUCUUUAUACCCAUGUGUCCAGCCAAAGGACUGUCGUGUGCAUGGUUGAGUAUUUUGUUUCUGAGUAUUAAUGGUACUAUUAUUUGAGAUCUUUUGACUUCACCUUUCUCAAAAUUUCUAAUUAGAAUAUUGUGUUUUAUUGUGUAAUUAUGUCCUCUAAAAAUUGAGUUAUUGUCUUUAAUUUUGUUUCUAAUGUCCUGAAUUUGCCUAUCUUCUGUCUGCAUUCUAAUUAUGUCCUCUCUUGAUAUUUUUUUUGGAAUGUCUAAUUUUUCUUCUAUUUCAGGCUGUGUCUGACUAGUUUUAUGUUGUUGUCUUGUUAUUGCACUUAUAUACUCUUUGGUUAAUUUUUUGGAUUCAAUCCACUUUAAAAAUAGUUCUUGGGAAUUAUCUGGAAUUUCUUUAAUAUUUCCAAUUAUUAACUGACAGACUGGGUUGUCCAUGAGAACUGCCGUUACCUUUCCUGUUAGCCAUGGACAGUCUAUUUCCACUACUGCUUUAUAACAUCAACUUUUGUGUUAUUUGCUAACAUGACUGUGGUUUUUUCAGAUAUGUAGUCUUUAGGAUCAAUCAAUUUUUUGUCAACUACUAUUGUUGUCCAACCUGUGUCUCUUAGACACUGAACAAGUUGGUUGUUUACAUAAGAAGGAAAAAAUUGUAAACUGCCUUCACUGUGACAUGCGCUAGCUAAAGUUUCAUGUGGUUUGGUGUUGUUUUGUCUACUGUUGGUCUGAUUGGAAUUAUAUCUUUGGUUUUUAUAUGGUUGUCUACUCCUAUUUGUACUGUUGUAUCUAAUUGGGCUACUGUUGGGUGAUGUUCUCUGAUAGUAUUUUUGUGAAUGUCCUAAAUCUCUUUGUAAUUUCCUACACUCAUAUUUUUUGUGACCUGGAAUGCCACAGUAGAAACAUUUGUUGUCCUUUGAGUAAUUAGUAUAUGGUGUCUGGUAAUUGGUUUGAUAAUUUUUCUGAAAUUUAUUGUUUUGCCAUCUGGCAGGUAGGCUGUGGUAUCUUCUGUUUUGAUAAUAUGUGUUUGGUUUUUUACUGUCUCUAUCACUGGGUGUGUUUCUAAUAGAAGCUAGUGUUUUGUUUCUAUUAUCUAGCUUUUCAUUGGGGUGAGCAUCUUUAAAUGGUGUGAUUGAGUCAACUAAAUCACGCUCAUUUUUAAUUUUUCGUUCUUUAAGGAAUGAAAAUAAAGAGACUGAUGCAUUUCUUAAUAUUUUGUCAAUAAUAAACAUGUCUAGUAAUGCUUUGGGAUCAUUUAGGUCAAUUUCAGUGAGUUCAAGCCAUUUGACAAGAUUGUCUCUAAUAUUGAAUAUAGUGGUGUUGGGGUCUAUUUCUCUCUCUAAUCUUAUGUUAUGGCAAUUUUUUCUGUAAAUGUCUUCUGUGUUUCCAUUAAACUUUAACAAAACUUUCUUUAUAUAGGUAUAAUUGUUCUUUUGUUCUUCACUAAGUGAAUUAAUGAUGCUUAGGCUUUUUCCUGAUAAUCUGCUCAAUAAAAUAUUUGCCCAAGUCUCUUCCCUAUAAUUGUAAGACUGACAGAUGCCCUCAAAUUGUGACAGAUAACUAAUAAUUUCCUCUUUAUGUUCAUUAAAUUCCCUAAAUUUAGGUUUGUAUGUGCUAUUGGUUUCUCUAUUGCUUGUUGAUGGUGUAUGCUGUCCUGAUUCUAUUCUAGCUCUUUCUAGUUUUAUUUCUUCCUCUCUUAAUUUCAUAUCCUGUUCUUUUAAUUUCAUUUCUUGUUCUUUUAAUUUUAGUUCUUCUAUUUGUUUAAGGUCACUUCUCUUUAACAGUCUAGCUUCUCUGUCUUUGUCUUCUUUCUGUCUUUGACUAUCUCUCUCCUGUUUGUCCCGUAUUUUGUCCAUUUCUCGAGUUACGAAGUCAGCUAAGUUCUCCUGCUUUAUGCCAAGCUUUUCAGCUACAUCUAAUAGUUCUAAGUACUCUGCCAUUUUGAAUUAGUAUGUGUUUGAGUAACUAAAAUAAUAUAUUGGUAUGUAUAAGUAUGUCAGUUAUUUCUUAUUGAGUUAUCAAUUAAAAUAGUUCACAAUAUUACAUUAUAUUUACAUGUUCAUGAAUGAAUACACAAUGCAAGUUAAUAAUUAAUUAAAUGUAAGAAAAAUUUAAAAAAUAAUUAAAUUUUCUACUUCAUAACAUAAAUACAGAUAUGUAGACGUUUACAUGAAUACGAAUCAGACAACAAAUACAAAAGUACUGUGCAGUUAAUGAACAACAAGAUGGUAGAAAGUAUGACAGUAGGUUUUACAAUAUGUAUAACAAUGACAAGACAAAUAGAACAAAUCUGACAAGAUCUACUAAAAAACAACAGUUAGGACAAUGUACAAACUAGACUUCACAACUAACAUAAAAUUAUCCUACAGUGUUAUAAAUAGGGCCAGAAGAAACAUUUACUGCUUUAAUAAAAAAACUUCCCUAGGAAAGAUAACACCGUGGAUAUCCCUAAAGUAUACUUUAAAAUUAAACUUAUAAUAUACAGAAAAAGUAAAAAAUUUACUUAAUCUAAUUAAUUAUUCUAUAAGUAGAUUUUUAAAGUCUUAAAUUAUAUAUAAUACAUAACACAUAAUAUAAAUAAAUACCAAGUGAAAGUGUCCAAAAGAAAUCUGUAGAUUGUCACCUCUGCUCCUCUGUGACGCUAUGAUUUCUGUGUAGUCGAUAAUCCUAUGUAGUAGAUAAUCCUUCUAUGGAGUAGAUAAUCCUUCUAUGUAGAAGUGUACUUGGGUAAAAUAAUCCAAUGAGAAAAGUUACACCACAAAUUGCUGCAAUAAUCCAAUGCAAGUAACUUGCGUAAUAGUGUAAUUGUGAUAAUCCAAUAAUUGAAAAUUGUCUACUUUCUCUCCGAUUCUGUUGAAUUUGUGAGUAAUUGAAGAAUUACUUGAAGAAUAACUUGACUUUAAUUGCGCACUUAGGCUAUGUGCGGCUUAUAUAAAGUAAAGAUUAUGCUGGGGAAAUCUUACUUUCGAUGUCUUGAUAAAACAUCUCAUCUGUAAUGACGUCAGACUUCUGUUGGUCUUGUGUAGUGGAUCAUCUCUUUCGUUGACUAAUAACUGUAAAAUAGAUUUCUUGCUGUUUCUUCCACGAGAAUAUUCACUCCGCUAAGUGUGUUAUAUAAUUGAAGCAGUGUACCAGUUAGCUAUUUGAACUCUGAACUUUUGACUCCUGUGUCUGUGACCUAAAUAGUUUUCAACCGUAUGGCGUUCUAUGUAUUUUCCCGCUCGAAUGUUAAAAUAUAUCGUUGUUACUCAAGAGUUAAUAUUCUGUAACACAUCGUUGUUCUGACAUUUGUAACACAUCUAGUUGUAUCACAUAGUUGUUCACCACUUCUGACACCAUGUGUAACACAUCUACUCUGACAUGGCGUGGGACCUUAUUUCUUAUGAUGUGGGUUAUGUCAGUAGUAUGGUUACUUAUGUUAAUACUUCAGGAUGCCGACUAAGACUUCUUCAUUCUUCCACUUAUUAUCCAGGCACGCAAAGAAGAAUACUCAAUUCUGGUUAAAACUCACAGUACUUUAUUAAACACACUUUACUGAUAAUAUUAAUGAUAAUCCUUGCAUGAAUGUAAUAAUUUCACAUGUAUAUAUUAUAGUAUUCCAUCAUUCAGAAAGACACGUCCUCACACUACUAUAACUCAGCUCAACUGUCUCAUAACUCAGCUCUCCUAGCUCUCUCUACUGCUCUGCGCUCAGCUCUGACUAUAUCAGUCAACUCAUACUUUAUUAUCAUCAAAGCGUGGAAAACAACCGUUCUGACAAAAACAUAAUUUUACUCUCCAAAAACGUGGAGCUCACAUUUGUUCUCAAAAAUGCAAUCCACUCUCUCUCUCGUGGAAAAACAUGGUCAACACAAUUCACUGUUCACUCAUGCUACCUCUCUGUUUUCUUGUGAAAACAUAGUCCGUUACAGUAUGCAUGUAUGUAUAUAUGUAUGUGUGUAUGUAUGUAUUUAUGUAUGUGGGUAUGUAUGUAUGUAUGUAUGUGUGUAUGUAUGUAUGUAUGUAUGUACGUAUGUAUGUAUGUAUGUAUGUAUGUAUGUAUGUAUGUAUGUAUGUAUGUAUGUAUGUAUGUAUGUAUGUAUGUAUGUAUGUAUGUAUGAAUGUAUGUAUGUAUGUAUGUAUGUAUGUAUGUAUGUAUGUAUGUAUGUAUGUAUCAUGUAUGUAUGUAUAUAUGUAUGUAUAUAUGUAUGUAUAUAUGUAUAUAUGUAUGUAUGUGUUGUGUGUGUGUGUGAGUUCAAGAGCUCUUUUUGGAAUUAUAUUUAUAUAGCUCAUUUAAGAAAAAAACAAAUUUAGGGCACCCGGCCCCUAACGGGGUAAUAUGAAAAUGGUUGUACUAAAUUCAGAAAAAUUUGCAGGCAUGCGGACAGCAACUCAACAAAGCGGAUGAAUUGUAUAAAAACGCAAACGGGGCAGAUAUACAUCAAUUAAUUUAUAUAAAAACACUACCAACAUUUAAUAGAAUAAAUAUUGUUAUGUAGAUUGUGUCUACAGAUCCGUUAUGGCUCUUUGAAACAGUUUUAACUGUAUUCCUACAUACAUAUCAGAAAUUGCAUUAUAUACCUUUUAGAAUUUGAAUAUUUAUUCUGAAACGCAAAUGAUUUUUUUUCUAUCUUUGGACUGUUGUGCAGAUAAAAACAGUUGUUGAAAAAUCUAUAAAUAUUUUAAAACCGUAUGGCUAUAUGACUCUCAUUACAAAUCAGCGCUAUGGAGGCUAGGAAGAUUUUUAGAAAUUGUUAAAUUGGCAGUCACGAUCUGAACCCUACCCCCAGAUAACAGUUAUAUCGGACACAAAUGUUAGAUUCCAGAAACGAAACUAGUCCGUGUGAAUAGGGCAGCCCACCGCAACAGCGUUAUUGAUGUUUUCUUAAAAUUACAUAAAUGUCUGUGCGUUUUGCCUGUAAUAAUUCUGGGUGUACGCACCAGACACUUUAGUCAAGGAACGCCACUGUAACAUCCAGUAUUGCUGCAUAUAAGAAUUUCACAAACCAGCUUGUCAAUAGGGCUUGUCAUUUAAUGGCGGAAAUCUAUUAAUAGAACUGAUGUCACCAUUACUGAUCAUCCGGGUACUCAGCGCGGACAAAAUGUCAACACUGUUAAGUAUUACUAUGUUAGCGAAGUGUCCCUGAAACUUGUUUACAACUCUAUUUUACGAAAUAUUUUACACAUUUUUUUUGUUUACUUCUGUUUUCUCAAAUGCGACUUCAUUGCGCGCACGGCAGAUGUAACAGUAACUCUAGAUACAAGGAUCGUGCGAACGAUAUGCUGAAACACACUAUAAGCUGCCAUGUUUUAAGCAAUAUUUGUCCGCGGACCUUCUAAAAAUAGAACGCUAGACGUUUUCCGGUCUUAGAAAUGACAAAGCCUAUAGGGUGAAUACGGGGUCAUGACCGAAAAAAUGUGUUGGUCGCUUAUGUCUCUGGAGAUACACAAAUUGAGUUGUCUCUGACCACCGGCUUGUCCAUGCAUUGCAAUUUGAAUCAGGUUAAUUUAUUUUUUGGUUCACUUCCGUUUCAUCGAAAAGAUCCCCUAAUAUUGAGUUUGAUUCGGGUUAAAGACACUGAACGUUGCUAGUGGAGGACCCCGUAUAGCUUCUCUUUCUCACAUUGGAUGAGCGGGUAGAGUAAUGGAGGGUGCUGAUGGCGAAGUUUUAAUAUGGUAACAUCUGGAACAUGGGGAUCUUAACAGUAACUGAUGAGAUAGGUUUUGAUUAUUUCUACCUACAGCUGCCAGAAGAUUUAGUCGGCUUCUUAAAUGUGGACGCUUUUGAUAAACCUGGUCUCUUGUAAACAAAAGUACCAUAUAUCCAGUACACAUGAUUAUUAAUACAUGUUUGCUACUCGAGAAGGUCAUACUUCUUUUGCAGUACCAUUAUAAUUUGUAUCUGAAAUUUAUAGCAAAAUAAACCAAUGACAUUGAUUUUAUUUUCAGAUUCAGUCUGUCCAAAAGACAAUUUCAUGUAUGGUCGUGAUUGUGAAAAUGUAUGUAACUGUGCUGUAGAAGGUGAAAAGUGUUUUGUUAGUACAGGAAACUGUCCAUCUGGGUGUAAGGCUGGAUUUUAUGGACAAGGAUGCACAAAACGUAGGUCAUUUUAAAUCUUAAUUUUAUUUUCAAUCCGAAAUAUUUUUACGACAACGAAGUUGAUUUCUAAUUGCAAUAAGACAAAGUGCAUUCAACCGAAUGAGUCACACAAAAACGAGGAUGCGUCUGAAUAAAUUGGAAGUUUAGGGCAAGGAUGUCUGAAUAGCACAGAGAAAUAUAAUAUGACUAGGUUAGUCUAAAUAACAAGACUAUCCUAAACAUUGUUUAGAAUGAAUAUCAACAGGUCGGUUUGUUUAAUGGAUACACAGCUCAAAAAAAGUAUGUUAAAUAAAUAAUACUAUAUCUAUUUUAACUCCUUUAAACAAAAGGACAACAAACACAAAUUCAGCAUAUCAAAUAUCAAUCAUUAUUAUGUUAAUAUUAUGAUUUAAAAUGUACUUGCAAAGAGAAACUGAAGCCUACGUUGGUUUACUAUUUAAUAAUUACAUUAAUAUAAGUUUCAUUUUUUGGCAUAACAGAAGUGUGAUAAGAAAUAACGAGUAGUGACUGAGGAACAAAUUCUUCCAGGUAGACUAAUUGAUAAAUAAGUGAAUUUAUGAACAGAAUAACGUACAAACCCAUAAUAGAGCUCAACUUUACAUCUCUCUCUCUCUCUGUCUCUCUCUCUCUGUUUCUCUCUCUCUCUCUCUCUCUCUCUCUCUCUCUCUCUCUCUCUCUCUCUCUCUCUCUCUCUCUCUCUCUAUAAAUAAGUGAAUUUAUGAACAGAAUAACGUACACACCCAUAAUAGAGCUCAACUUUACAUCUCUCUCUCUCUCUCUCUCUCUCUCUCUGUUUCUCUCUCUCUCUCUCUCUCUCUCUCUCUCUCUCUCUCUCUCUCUCUCUCUCUCUCUGUCUAACUAACCUUUCCCGCCCUAUAACCUGGGAUGACAAAUGCUUACAAAACAUCAUAAUCCUUUUAAAAUGUAUUUGCUAAUAAAAUCGUUUACAUAUAGAACAUUGUGAACCAUUCAAUAAAUUCCGUCUAAACAGAUAAGGUGAUUUUUAAUAUGUGCCCAGUAAUAUUUAAGUUUUAAGACAUUGGGUAAUUUUAUAACAAAACUCAUCUUCCUUGUAUUACAUUGUGGUACAUUUUUAUGAACAUGGGUGGAAAGAGGAAUGUAUCGAAAGGAAUGAAUUGUGGUGGAAAUAAAACAAUGAUACUUUAAGAUAAUCAAAUAUGUAUCAUGUAUGAAUAAUUAAAAUGUAUUCAUUGGAAGUCACAGAACAAUUUUAAUAAAAAUCAUUAUUUUUCUUUAGCUUGUGAAGCUGGAUACUUUGGUAUCGAUUGCAGAAAAAAAUGCAGUAAUAAUUGCUCCAGUCAACAAUGUGAAAGAGUAGAUGGCAAAUGUUACAGUUGUGCGUUAGAAGGAAAGAAGCUACCAUAUUGUACACAAGGUAUAGAUAUAUUUGACUGCAAUUACCUAUUUACAAAAGCCAGAAUAUCGUCAUCUUUACAAAUACAUGUAAUGUAAAGAUAUAGUUCUUUAAAUAAAUUAUAAAAAUUAUUUAUUUAAUCAGAUUGCUUAGAAACAUCUUUGAAUCAUUUAUAUUUUUGUGGGGAAAAAACACUUUAUGGAGCUUAAUACUUCUUCAAAACACACGCACACACACACUGGAAAUACGUUAAUUUGAAAGUUUCAUAUUAAUCUGCGUGCUGUGUGGUCGAGUAGUCUAAAGUGAGAAAAUCCCUCCCUUGUGGUCUGGAGCUCAAUCCCCACCAAGGACCAAGUCACGUAAAGACGUCAGCACUACCCCGGAUGAAUGAGAUCCAUCAUCUAAGUGAAGGAAACUCUGACUCAAAACCCUCUAAGGAGCAUCUUAGGCGGAUACAUUAAUAAAAUGAAGAAUCCCACAAAUUAUGUGACGCAGAUAGUCCCAAGCCGUAUAUCCAUUCUUGGUGUUCCUUUGGGUUUUCUAGGUGAGUGGAAAGAGGCCAUACAAAAAUUGUCUUAUCGAAGCCAUUAGUUUGUUGACAUUUUUUUCAGUAUAAGGAAUCUAUCUCUAAAUUUCAGAUUGUGAUCCUGGUUUCUAUGGAGCCGAAUGCAAGUCCAACUGUUCAAGAAAUUGUUCUCAAUCUGGUCCUAUUUGUGACGUCAUUAAUGGAGACUGUUCAGCUUGUAUUCCUGGUUACUAUGGCAACAAAUGUGCAGCAGCUUGUCCAACAAACUGUAAAGAUUCAUUCUGUGAUUUCAACUCUGGUAACUGUAUAAGUUGUCAAGCUGGCUACCAUGGAUCUCGCUGUGAUGAAGGUAAACUUGCAAACGCAUGCUAAAUAGCAGUUAUUACAUUUAUUUAUUUGAAACACAGAAAAGAAGAGGGUGGUGCAAGAGCUACCUGCCAGGGGUCAAUCCCUGAGCAUAACCUGCAAACCUCAUCGGGGUCACACACAUUCGAAUAGCAGAGCGAGCGACAUGACGGGCCAAGUGUUGGUCAUGCAAUGGUCAUCGUCGUGCAUGAGUGACCAGACAGAAGUAGAACUCAGCUCAAAGCUUCACGCUAAUUUUAAAUUAUGUGUGUGUGUCCGUGUUAUAGUGUAGCCUAGGGUUUAAACUAGUGUGUUGCAGUAAUUCUACAAAGUAAAACAUUGCCAACAUUAAUUUGUUUAAAGUUAAUGUAAUAAUUUUUUAAGACGCAUUAGUGUUAUAAGCAUUUUAUUUGCAAUUUUGAGUGCAACGCCGGAUUAGCCAAAAGUUGAACGUAGGCCAUAGUUUAAAGUGCAGCAGUCAAGGACGUAUAUACAGAAAAAAAAUUACAAUGUUUUUAAUAUUACCAUGUUUAUUUUUAAUACAUAUACAUUUAAUAAAUUUAAAUCUACAGUUAAUUUUUCUACAUGUACAAUAUGCCCUCACGUCACCUAAAUAUAUCCCAGCUUUCCCAAGCGCUUAUUGUUAUGGAAAUUUAUUUGCAAGUGUUGACCAAGCCAUCUGUGUGUCGGAAUUAGCCUCCAAAUGCCCCCAGUAGUCAAGAGCCAUCCUCAUCAAGUUAACAGAAUAAAACACAUUUAUAAAUAUGCUCAUAGUAAAAUUGAACUCAUUCAUUCCUUGUAAACUUAAAAAAAUAUUAAUUCUUUUACUCUUAUGUAAUAACAAAGAAACUUUAUAAUUGCUUUUUUUUUUUUUAACAUUCCUAGAAUGCAGUAACAACACGUACGGUGAGAAUUGUAAAAACAACUGUAGCUCCAAAUGUAUCAGGAGGAUUACUGACGAUAGAAUUUGUAACCGUGUCAAUGGACAUUGUUAUAAUGUUUGUCUCAGUGGAUUUGAAGGAAGUAACUGCACCAUUUGUAAGUUUUUAAGUAUUAUGUAUAGUUUGAGCCAAUGGUUUAAAAUACAUAUUAACUGCAAACAUUAUGUUACGCUGUUUUGAUAUGUUGUUAUGUCUGUUUGCUUUUAUAAAUUGAAAUAUUCAAAUGAAGGGAAAAUCGUAAAAUUUGCGAAAACUAUUUAGGCAUUUAUAUUACUCAGUACUGCACACCUACUAAGGAAAGGGGGGGGGAAAGGGGGGGGGGGUUCAUGCAGAGCAGAAACUUAUCAUCACUCUUUGUGUACGAUCAAUAAAUUUGAAUAUGUCAGCGUGGCAUACAUUUUGAAGAUAGCCUACCUAUAUAUUGUAGCAAACAGUAUUUAUUAACUUUAGUGUUUCAACAUUAAGAUACAUUGAUAAUGAUAGGAUAAUUUCCAGGCUUUCAUUAUAAGAUUGAUAAUGUCAGUUAAACAUGUUAGACUUUCUUCCUGGUAUUUUCUCAAAUGUGUUCGAUAACCCGAGAAAUGUAAACAACUCGUCAUAAGUCUUUCUGGGAGGCAUGGCUUACGCGACCUAUAUAAGGGAUUGACAGGCACGGACGGAGAGACCAGGAUUCAGAUAGAUAUUAUUAACUUUGCGAGGCGUGUAUUAUUCUUUGAGUAUUUGUGUGUUCAUAUGUUUUUAUUUCACAUUUAUCAUUAUUCAUUGGCACAUUAUUCUGUGUUAACUGUGUACCGGUACAAGAUCCACCAUACUGUAAGUUGAAGAUUGUUAUAUUUUCUUUUCUUUUGUAACUAUCUUAAGACUUAAUAAAUCGUAUUAAUUGUAACUAGAAACUGCUUUGGGUGUCGUAUCUUUAAUAUUGUUGACUCUAUGGUAUCGUCCUUCGUUAGGCACUGUUAACAACCAGCCAAUUAAAAUUAACAAGAGAGAUUAAUUUCUCAUAUUAGAAGCCAGUGCGUAACAGUCACCAAUUUGUAAAUAAAAUAUUAAUAUCUAAGUCAUGGAUGAAUCUUAAAUAUGUAAAAAAAAACUUAGGAGGGAGGAGGUGUUUAAAAUAUUGUACUUUUUUCAGUUUCAUAAUUAUAGCUUAUGUGAUUCCUUAUCUACGACGCUAGGUACCUUAUCUAUUUUACAAGUCUAAACAACGUUAAUAUAACGACCAUCACAGUCUUCAAAACUUCCCUAAGACCCUCUCUUUAAACUGUAAUAUACCGUACUGUACUAUACUGUUCUUUAGUUCUUGGGUGAGUGAGGUCAAGUUUUUUACUAAUUGUUUGUUUUUAUGUAAUUGUUCAUUUUUUUAUGAAGUGCAGUGAGCCUAGCCCUAAGCUGGGUUACUGCACCAUAUAAAAUCCGCUUAAUAAUAAUAAUCUCACUCUGAGUAUUCCCCCAAAAUAUUCAAAUUUUAAGGAGUAUAUCAUAUUCCUUUUUUUCUUUCUACAUUGAAAGACCUUUGUACAAUAAAUGUAAUAUUCAAGAAAGGUCUCUUUAUGUUUUAAUUGAAAAAGUAGAGAAUAGUAUCGAAAGUACUUGUUAAUGAACUAUUUUAAUAAACUGUGUUAUUUUAUUUUCAUUUAUCAAUAUUUUCCUCUCAAAACUAUUUAAAACGCUUAAUAGCCUUUCCUUUCAUUUCUUACAGUGAAAUCUUCUUCAAACAGCAACCCUGAUGAUGGUAAAACUAUAGGAGCAGUUGUUGGUUCCAUUUGUGGUGUUAUUGUUGUUUUGCUGGUCAUCGGUGGUGUCUUCAUUUUGUGGAGGUAAGGCGGAUGAGCCAGAUAUUUUAUUUACAUUAAUCUUGUGUCUGGAAUAAGUUGGUUAUGAAUUUGAUUUUUUUUUUACAAUUUUGUAGUUUUUCGACAGAAGGUAAUAAAUAGCAGUUUAUGCUUAUAAUUUAGAACUCUGAGAAAUAAUGGCUGAUCACAGAAAAAAACAUCACAUCACAUUUUUUAUGAAAUAAAUCUCCAGUAUGAAUUUUAAAGUAAUUCAAUUGUUCAUACUUCUUGAAAAAUCAAACAUGCUACUUCAUAAUUAAAAGCUUUAUUAAUGUGUGUGCAACAUGCAGUUAUAUAUGAACGUAAUCAAGGCAUACAUGUAAUAGAAAUUUGAGUUGUUGGUUCGUUCAUCGAUAAUCAUCAUUUUAAACAUCGAAUUAGUGAUGGGCCUGACUCUGUCUGUGGGUGAGCAGAUUACUCAUCAGAUCGAUUAUGCCACGAAAUAUUUUUUUGUGCAGAAGGUGCUGGAGAUGCAUGGGACAGAAAUACCUCAGAUUUUUCUGGGUAGAAUUUUGGGAUCUGCAGCAGCUCUUCUGUUCGCCUCAUGUCGCAAUGAGUCUGUGUGUAGGGAGGAACGCCAAGAGAUAAGAUAACUUUUCCCAAGUGUCCGGGUCAAUGUGAAACAAUUUCAAGGAUGCUUUCACUGUGAAGUUCCGGUUUUGUAUUUUUUUUUGGACCCACAGCGAGUCGCUUGCCAAGCAUGAGUUCGUCAUAAAAUAUUAUUUUUGGUCGUUUGAAAUUCUCGGAACAUGUCCAUUAUACAUUAAUAAGGCGUAUAUUCUUGUGAGGCCUUCCUUGGCAAGUAUCUAGUUGUCUGGGACCGUGUCCUGUAAUUCAAUGUUGAGUAUUAUUAUUCGGAGGUUCAUUGUAUGAACAUGGUUCAGUUUCUUAGCAUGUCGUUGAUAGACUUCUCAUAUUUCACCUGCAUAUUUUAACAUUUGGAGAACUGAUGCCUUGUAAUGUUUUAAUAUUAAGAUUGUUUAAAUUUAACUUGGGUGCUGAUGCCUGCCCUAGACUUUCUUUUUUUUUAAAAUUCCGAAUGUUUUCAGCCUCUUUCAAUUAAUUCAAAUGUUCACCUCAUCAUCAAUGGGAAAUUGUGCUGCCAAGGUGAGAGAAGCAGUGAGAGAAAUUUAAAGCCUUUUGCCAUUGAUUGGAAGUUAACCCCGAUAUCAUAUUUUCGAGGAGAUGGUUGAAUGCAGGACAUCAGUCUUUUUUCUGUUAAUGUUAAGACCCACGCUUGUGCAGGCAUUCGAGAAUCUCGCAACAGUGCGUUUCACAUCGAGCUCUGAUUCAGCGUUUAAGGCAUGGACAUUUGUAUACAGAAAAGCUUCUAAUAAUGUCAGCCCGUACCUUGGAUUUAGUGUGUAGUCUCCUGAGAUUAAGUAUUUUACAAUACUUCGUUAUCUGAUGUCCCUCUUAAAGCAUCAGUCAGCAUGGAGUAGACCAUGAUGCUGGAUGGUGUUUGUACCAGAACGCGCGCUUGUUUAACACCAUUAUUCACAGGAAGUGGUUGAGAAAUCUCUCCAAUUUCUCCAAACACUUUCUUGCAUACCCUCAUUUGCCCAUGAUCUCUCAAACACUUCUUUGAUGACAGUUUCUAAAACCUUAGUUAGGUCUACUUAGGCGGAGAAGAAGUCAUCGUUGUGUUUCCUGACACUUUCAUGUAGCUAUUUGGUAGCAAACACCAUAUGCAAAAGAAUUGCCUUUCUGCAAAUAGAUUCUUCUUAAGAUGAACAAUUAGAAGGUUUAGAAGGAUUUUAGCAAGACUCUCGCCUUCAAAUGAGAUUGAAGAUAGACCGUUUAUGUCAUUCAUUCAUUCUCUCUCUCUCUCUAUCUAUCUCUCUCUGUCUCACUCUCUCUCCCUAAUAAUACCACUGUUACUUUUCCGCCCUACAAUUUUUUCAUCGUACUUUUUAACAUAUCUUAAGCCUUUCAAAACAUGCCUUGAACUUAAACAUAGUGUUAAUAUGUUUUAUAAAGAAUAUAAAUUUCAUAAGCUUUGUAGGAAGCGUGUUAACAGAUCGAAUUUCACCAUCAGACAAUUGUAUACGAAUAAAUAUAAGGCUUUGUAUGAAAUAAUGGCUUCGGGUACCGUACACUACAAUACAAAUAUGUUGCAUUUUAAUCAGGAUAAUACAUUAAUAAUAGCAAGAUUAAAAUAGCUAACAGGCUAAGAUCAUCAAUGUUAUAAAAAAAUUGAUUGUACUACACUUUUUAUUUGUGUUAUAUGAUAGCAAACUUUGAGAUUAUAUUAAAAUCUAAGCUGCAAGAAAGCAAGCGUACAUUGUUUAUACGUUAUAAAUAUUACCACAGUUAACAAAUGACUUAAUUCAUGUGAAUAUUGGUGAUACUUUAUACCUUAAACUUGAAAGUCUAUCAAACUUUCAUUUUGACCAAUGAUUUUUGUACGUCUUGUUUGCUGGUAAGAUAGUCAGAGCUCUAAUGUGAAGAAGCAUUAAAAUGCGUAUGAAAUUGUAAACCAUUUUAGCAAUUGUAAGAAAGGAUAAUAUGUUAUACUUCUUCCUUUGGGGAUAUCUGACAGACGAAAUAGGAGAUCUGACAAAUUGCCACCAGGAGAGAACACUUCAAGUAUGGAAAAUUUGGCUGAAGCUGAUUCUCUGAGUAAUGUGACGUCUACUUCUAAGCAAGAACAAAUCAAAAGUAAACAUACAGGUAUGUGAUAAAGUUUGCUACACCAUUUUAGAACAUCUCUACGUUGAUCUACAGAGUUUCAAAUUCAAUUAUGACAUUUUUUAAAUAUGUAAGGGAAUGAUAAUCUUUUCUCGCGAAAAAAUCAAAACCAGACUUAGCUUAAAUGCAUGUAUCUGUUUGUAUGAAUAAAACGAAUUUCUGAUUUAUUUGCCAGUCGGACCAAGUAAACUGAAAAAAUCUUUUGUUAUAUUAAGGUGGUUAUUAACUUGUAGAGUUUCUUUUUCUUUAAUAUUUGCAGGGAGUCUUCUAUGUCUUCCUUGCCUUAAUAGUGACAUUUUAAGUGCAUGAACCCUGACAAAGGCAGUACAUAGAUUUUAAAGAUUGUUAACACAACUACUUUCUUUUUAAUUAACUUCAAAUGUCUAAUAAUGCAUCGUUAUCUUUCAGCCAUUUAUUGGCAUAAAUCGGCAUAGCCCAAUGGUUUUUAAACCUGUGUGAACAUCUCGUAUAUAUCGUCAUUCCAAACAUACUAAGAAGCUAACUAGUACGAUACUAUCCAAUUAGUUUAUUUUAGCUUAUUUGCUUUACAUGAAGGAGCUUACUUCAAAGAUAAUCUUAAAUAGAAGUGUACUUAUCUUUUAAGACUUUCUUCCAAGUGCAUAUUACUUUUUUAAAUUGACAAAGCAAUCAGCCUAAUGCAGCACAAUACGAGAAAAUACUAAUUCGAUUGUAUUUUUACAGUGAAACCUACCAUUCCUCAAAAACCUAAGCCAUCAAGCAUUAAAGACGAAGCAACUUGUGAAGAAAAGGGCAAUGGAUAUUAUAACACGGUGACUCUACAGCCUAUCACGGCUUCAACUGUUAUCACAUUGUCUAAUCUUCACAGUUACCUUCUAACUCAUAGUAAAGAGUAUCUCCAUGAACAGUUUAAAGUAAGAAGUACAAAGUGUAACUGUUAUGAUUAUUUUAAAAAAUUUUUUUCGGGCAAUUCGUUGUAAAUCAAACUUUAUUUUUGUUGCCAAGUUUCUCCUUUUCAUUGUUUAAAAAACAAGAAGCAGUAAUUUCAUGCAGUUGCAUUAUAUUUCUAUUCAUUUUUUUUACUUUUAUCCAUUAUUUAUUCAUUAUUUUAUUAUUUACUAUAACGUAUAUAAAAUGCACGCAUUUUUCUUGAACCUCUUCUUAGGUCAUUCGUAUUUUUUACAUAUGUUUUACUGUUCAAAGACUUCCAGACUAAAGAUUUUUUUUAUGCUAUAGUUUAAGAAGAAGGCAAGAUUCCAAAACUACAUUUUAAAAAAAAAUACAUUUUGUUAAUUUUAAUAGAAAUUCUCUGUAGUUUAGUCUUGUGGAAAUAAAUAAAUCUUUGGUUCACCACAACAAUGAUAAAUAAAAUUUCUUUACAUCAGAAUUUCAAUUUUAUUACUGACUCUUAACGUUAAAUUUAUGUAUGUAUAACAAUGGUCAUAAAAAGCCAAGCUUUGUCUAAAAUGAAUGGUUUCGGGCCCCAGUUACAAAUUGAUGCAACAAUCCAAUGUUUCAUGGUGUCCCCUACCUUGUUUCACAUAUCACCUACCACCUAGCCCGAUCUCCCCUUAAAAUUUUUUAAAAGUUAAUAUUGUUAAAUAGUGUGCAUUUUUCAAGAAUUGACAACCAAAACAGCUUGUUUGCAUGUUUACUAAAGUAGCGCUUAGCAGAUCGUUUGCAGUUCAUUAUUAAAUAACUUUUACAGAGUUUACCAGUCAACACAGAGGCUACAAUGACGGUGGGUCUGAGUGCUGAAAAUAAAUACAAGAAUCGAUACAAGAAUAUUUGUCCAUGUAUGAUUUGAUUUUUUAAAUUUUAUGGACGUUAAUUUCAAUACUUUUAAAGGAAAAUGAGUCAAUGUCAUGUAUUAUAUCCAUCAGUUUUAAUAGUAGUCUUCUGUUGCAUGUAAACUUUCAAGCAAAAGCUUUGAUUGUAUUGAAGAUAUUGCACGGAUUUUAACACAGUUGCUCAAAAUAAAGUAUUUAAUUAAUAAAGCUUUUUUUUACAAUGAAAAUAGCCCGUAACAUAGUAGAGUGCUUUAUUAUGCGUUAUCAAUUUUAUAAUUAAAAUAACAAAUAUAUCUAAAAUACAUACAAACUCUACAUUGUAUAACUAUUUUCAAACAAAAUAUGACAUGUUUAAAGCAACUUUUACUAUAAUGUUUUAUUAAAAUCAAAAUAAAAAAUAAACAUAUGUUAAGUAAAAUAUAUCAUCAUUGUAUUUUAAACACAGAUGACCAUGCAAGGGUCCACUUGGAGGCUGACACAACAAAAAUGCACGGAGAUUACAUUAAUGCGUCAUACUCAAAAGUAAAUAAUAAAUAAUCUGUUGGGUUUUUUUUUUUUAUAAAUUGUAUAGUAAAGUAAUCCGCACCACGACAAGUCCAUCAACAACUGAUUAUUUUUAAAAGGCAAUAAUUCGCACUGAAAUGCUUAGAAAAGCACAAAAUUAAUUAAUUUUACGAAAGUUACAGCCCUAUAUGGAUAAGAUUUUCAUGAACUAGCUUCAUCGUUUAUAAUUAGUUUCCAUUGUCAUUUCUCCACUCACGUUUUCUUUUAAAAUGUACUUGACUUAAACGAAGGCUUAAUUUAUGGCUGUUAGAUCGUGAAUUUGAGAUGAUUCACAAAACAAAAUAAUCGAUCCAUAUGACCUCAUGCAAGAGAUGGUUGGGUCAACAUUGACAUGUCAUCAUAAAUAAAAGAUCAAAGUCCUGUCAACUGGGCAUUCAGUGAAGUUCCUUUCUUGUAAUUUAGCUUCGAAAAUUGAACGCAGUGUAGAUGAUUUCAAAUAUGGAAUAUAGAGAAAUGAAUAUCUCUUAUCUUUUUGCUUUUGUUUUCUAGCAAAGACUGAUAUAUUUUCGUUAAUUUAUAUUUCUCUUUCUGACAGCGCUAAGUUGUCACCAAGAAUUUUGCUACUGUAUUAUUUGAAAUAGUUUUGGAAUUGUAUUAUUUGAUUAAUGUUUAGAUUCAUUAUUCUCCAAGCACUGCUUAAGUAGUGUGCUCCUUUUAUUUAAUACAAGACAAAAACUUAUCUUUUGAUAUUAUUAGACAUACUGCUUAUUUCCCAGGUUUUCAUCCAGUAGUGUAAUUUGUCUUUGUAGAGUUUAAGUUCAAUUAAAAUAGAUUUUUCAUUCUGAAAGUCUCUAGUACCAUCUAACUCUCCCUGUAAAAGUUAAGAUUCUAUUUAAGUUAGCAAUCAUAAACCCUUUCUUCUUCUUAGAGUUUAAAUAAAACUGUUGUGUUGUGAACGCUGACACAACUAUUGACCACAGCAUGAUGUAAUCUCUAAUAGUAACUAAUUUUUUGACUACUUUAACUAUAAAAAAGUGCCACUUUAUCAAUUCAGAUUAUUUUAAAUCAUUAAAGAUAUCAAAAUUAUGUAAACUUCUUUUUGCUAAAUUAACGUUGGUUAUUUUGCAGGGAUAUAAUGAUGAGGAAAAGUUUAUCGCAUCUCAAGGUAAGUAAAGAAUACAGGCCUACCAGUUAACUUUGGCCACCCUCAUCAUAAAACACCUACAUAUCUUUCAUAGAGAUUAAUUUAUGAAACCAACAAUAUAAUUAAAAAUGCAGCAUUACUUUGGAUUUAAUAGUAAAAACACUGUUUUAAUCUCAUCUCAAAAGGACCAAACAAGAUUAUAUUAAAUGACUUUGUUCGAAUGUUAUCGGAACAAAAAGUUGAAAAAGUUGUCAUGUUGACUAAUCUUACGGAAGAAGGAAAGGUGAGUUUCUUUUUUAAAAAUGUCAUUUCUUAUUUAUAAAAAUGCCAUUAAAUCGCUAAGGUCAUAGAAAAUUCUUUAACUAUAAAAUAUAUGAUGGAAAUCGAGAAAAAGUGAGCCAGAGUAAAGUGGGACAUGUUUCAGGAGAGGCUUAAAAAUUCCAGGAAAGUAUAUUCGAAAUGAAUGUGUUACACAGUUUGUAAUUUACACAGUAGAAAGAAACAAAAUAUUGCUGUUUCAGCGCCAGAACAACACCACGUGACUAUGACUUUUGCAGAGGGUUUAUGAGUUGAAUUCUUACAUGAUUUCGGUGUAAGUCAACGGAUUUCAAAAAGGGGAGCUUACAUGGUGUAAGCUUUACUAGGGGGACUUUGUAACAAACCGCUUGUUGACCAUAUUGAGAGCCAACAGAACGUCAUACGAUAUGACCGUUCAAAUAGAAAUUAUUAUAUUAUCUUAUAAGAGUAAACGUUGUGUUAACUCGAAAAAAUAAACUAUAGAUAGGACCGAAUAUAUUAUAGUAAAUGUAACAUUUGCGUACUAAUAACGUUGUUACUUGUAAUUAUGGCUGUCGUUUAAUUUUAUGUAAUAUCUAAUUAUCUAAUAAUCCACAUUCACAAACGUCCAUGAUUACUUAAAAGUACGAUGCUAGAACUUCAUGAAUUUCGAAUCACACAAAUUUAUUAACUGAAUAUAUAUACACACAGCUUGAAAUAAUAUCUCUAGGAAAUAAAGCAAACGUAUUUGUCAUCUAACUUCCUCCACUCAGAUCUGUUUAGUCAACAUGAAGAUUUUUUUGAUAGACAAGAGCCUAUAAUGAAAAUACACAGACUGCCAUUUUAAAAGUCGUUCACUUGCUUCUCUGCGCAUGACAUACACUAACUAAUUAACUUCCUUUUCAUACUAACUUACCAAAACAAUACUUUAUCCGAAACAAAACUAGUAUCUCAAUAUUUGAUCUAUGACAAUAAAUAACGUAUUUAACAUUACAAGGACUACCAGCGGGCGCCCCCCCCCCCCCCAAACUUUUCAUAAGUCCUUGGGUGAUCAGUCUGUAAGUCAAUAACAAAUUCACUUUUUUUUAAAAACGUGCUCACAUGAACAUUGUCAUUCAAAAUAAUGUAUCCUUUUUGUACUUAAAUAUAAUUUUUGUAAUGUUUUACAAUCUUUCAAUAGCCUAAUGAAUGCCUCUUAACUUUAUUUAACCAGUCCAAGUGUGACCCAUACUGGCCAGAUGAAGGUGAGACGACAUUUGGAGAAAUACGUGUCAGACUGGCUGCUACACAAGUCUUUGCAGAUUAUACUAUAAGGCGUCUUCAACUUUACGUUGUACGUACACGUUUUAUGUUUCCAUUAUUUAUUUUAGUUGGCUCUUCGCAAAUUACCAAUGAUGUUCACCGUCACACAUCGUUAAUCUUGAUUUGAUUGAAUAAAAUAAUAAUUUUAAAUUCAUGUUUUUAAAAAUUAUUUCAAUGAAUAAGCAGAUUUUGUUUUAAAAAGACAAGUUAUAAAUUUCAUUUUUUAUAUGGUUGUGUUUUCAAAUCCAAUUUAGGCAUUUAUCUACUACAGACUACAUACGAUUUCCUACUUUAUUAAUGAUUUUAUGUUAUAACCUGCAAAAAAAAGAUAAUUAAAACAAUACCACUAUAUCUAGUGAUAACUAUUGGAGUAGUCAGUGUAAUGUAACAAUUUUUUGUUUUCAAAAUAUACAUAAACAUGAUAUAAAACUAAAAUAACAAAUCAAUUCACCAAUCCAGGACUCCCAACCCAUGCACCCAGUGACCCAGUUUCACUUCACAUCCUGGCCAGACAAGGGUGUACCAGAAAACCCCUGGGCUCUAGUGGACUUUGAACAAAGAGUUGCAUUUACUCCAACUAAAAGGCCCAUUGUUGUUCACUGCAGGUAGUUUAAUAUAAAUUAUUCCUAUUAAUAUACCGAUACAUAUAUAACAUUUUCGGAGCCAUACAUUUUUGUAAGUACUAAUACCUAAACGAAUGAAAGAAUAUUGGAUAAAACAAUGUUGCUCUUCUUAUAGUUUAUUUAUCUAAAGAUUUAAAGUAAAAACUCUAUUUAAUUUUAAUAUCAAUAAGACAGAAUAUUUAAAUUGUGAAGCAUUCUUCUUUCUUUCAGAUAUGUUGCUAUGUUCACGAAGGAAUUGCAUUUUGUUGAUUUAAAAUAAAUAUAAUUGUUGUUACUAAUAAAAAGGGAUUAACCUUGCUAACCAUUUGUCACGUGACAUUUUGCAGUAACUUAAGUACACGCGUGUUAUGAUGGAGCCCAUCAUUUAGUGCUAUUUAAAAAUAAGUUUUGUCUGAAUUCACUUGAUUCAAACAAUUGUUUCUAGAAAUAUUUUCAAACAUAAAUGGCAUGCUAUUUUUAUACAGCAAUUUCUGAUUAUUUCAGUGCUGGUGUUGGGCGUACAGGAACAUUCAUAGCUCUACGUAACGUAAUGAGAGAAGCUGAGGAUACACAACAGAUGGAUUUUUUCACUACUGUGGCCAAACUCAGGCAGGACAGGACCAUGAUGAUACAGACAGCUGUGAGUUAC